GGGGAAGGAGCCAGCAGUAAUGAGCUAACAGUAAGGUAAAGGAGCCAACAGUAAGGGGGAGGAGCCAGCAGUAAGGGGAAAGAGCCAGCAGUAAGGGGAAAGAGCCAGCAGUAAGGGGGAGGAGCCAGCAGUAAGGGGGAGGAGCCAGCAGUAAGGGGAAAGAGCCAGAGACUUUGUAUCAAAUUCUGAAAGUUACUGGAAAUGGCAGCAAAAUGUCCUGAAACUGACCAGAAUCAGCUGCAAUUGGCUGUCAGGGUGUGUGUCAUUGUGUUUACACUGUCUCUCUACGCUGUGCUUGUGUAAUUGUCUCUGCGAAGCUGGACUUUGAUUUAUUUGAAUACUGUUCCAGCUAUUUUCAGUAUUGUAUUUUCCAUUUGAAGGCUAGUGCGCAGCAAGGUGAGUGUCUGUGUGUUUACGUGUGUGACCUGAUGUAUAUUUGCAAGCAUUCUUUUACCAGAGAUUGUGAAUCUGGGGAGCGGCACAGCUUCUAUAAACCUCACAUUACAGGCAUGUUAGUUACCGCUGGAUGUCCCAGUUUUACUGCCCACUCUACAUGCAAACAGACAGAGACAUUAUAUGGACACAACCUAAUCGUCACCCGUAUCUAGGAUCGUUGGACUUCCCAUUUGAGAACUGUGGGCAUUAAUGUGGAGUUACUCCCAUGCCAGCCCUGUGAAAUCUCCACACUCCUCUGGGAAGAAGUUUCACAACAUUUCGGAUUGAAUCUGUGAAACUUUGUGGUCAUUCAGCCUAAAGAGCAUUUGUGAGGUCAGGCCCUUAAGAAAGGUCUGACGUUCCGAUUCAUCUGCAUUCCGAUUCAUCCCAAAGGUGUUCGAUGGGGUUGAGGUCAGAGCUCUGUUCCCCAAACUUGACACAAAGUUGAAAGCACCAAGUGUCUAAAAUGUGUUUGUAUCCUGUAACAUUAAGAUAACCCUUCACUGAAACCAAGAGGCCCAGCAAAACCCUAAAAAAACAGACUAUUAUCCCUCCUACACCCUACGUUACACUAGUUACAUUUCAUUAGGUAGCAUUCUUCCAUCAGACUGCCAGGGAGUGAAGCAUGAUUUAUCAUUGUAGAUAACACAGUGGCAGUACGUUUUACAUCACUCCAGCCUAAGCUUGACAUUGCACAUGUUGAUAUGCGGUUUGUGCACGACUGCUUGGCCAUGGAAGCCCACCUCAUGAAGUUCCCGCCACACAGUUCUAAUCCAGAUGUUGCUUCCAGCGCAGAGUAAAAAAAAGGGAAUUGGGGGCACAUCCGGAACAUACACUUUGCAGGAAUGGUGUUGGCGUAGACUACAAUUCAUACAUCGAGGGAACAGCACACAUAAAAAUACAGUUUCAGAUUUUACAAGGCUACUUAUAAUCACCUAUCUCAGCAAACAAAUAUGGUAGUUCAGUUCCACCAUAUGGCCAUAUUGUGUUAAGCCCACCACUAUUGGCCCCAUAUACUACCUCUUGUGCCAGGGGUUAGUUACACACAUGGCACAUGUGACUUUGACAGCCCAGAACAGUUCCAAAACUGCCUCCCCACUCCCUCCUUCCACUCAUGUGCUGUGAGAUAGCAAAAUGGUCCAAUCACAGGCUUCUCCAUGCGCAGUAAGUGAUUGGACCAUGCCAGGGCUGCUGUGAUGUCAGAUGGAGGAGGGAGAUCAGCGCCAGGUGCUUCAACCGGCACUCGCUUUCAGGUCAAUUAUAAAAACCUUUUUUCACUGUUUAAGGCUUAUCAUGGCUAAUGGAAAAUAAUGGAUUUCUAGGACAGCUAGUCUGUCUGAUUAUUGUUUGGGGUUUUAAGGUUUGUGUUCUCCGUAGUAUCACUUGAUCAAGGGGGGUAUUUAUUCCACCAGAUUUCGUUUGCCAGAGAUAACUUAAGAAGAGAAAUGAGUUGGGUGAUUUUUCUAAAUCUAUUUCGUCCAGAAUUCUGAAAAUGCCGUUUUCAUAUUAGCACAAUUCUCUGAUCAGUUGUCCAAACUUUGAAGUAUUGACGUGUAUCCUGCCGUGACACACACUCAUAUCUCCUUAUAUUCCUCAUUAUGAAAGAUAAAACCUGUGUAUAAUAUUUAUGGCUAUCUGUAUAUGUGCCCAUGUUAUUAGUAUGGCCAUCUCCACAGCCACCCAUUGAUGCAAUAAUGUAGUCACCGUACACUGCGUGUUGGGAGGAGAUAAGAGAACGGAUAUAUUCCAGGAAUCGGCAGCGUAUCACUGUCUGUGUGUAGCCUCUCCCAUCCAGUCUGUCAGUCACACCGUUAUCUACCAACAUACGGUGCCACAUGUGUACUCACUAUCACUAUACAGUGUGGCAAACACGGCCUCUGUCGUGAAGGGAGCACUUCUCAAUGUGUAUUUUAAGGAUUUCUUUGACGACGUGUGAAAUGGCAGAUUGCAGAUUAUGAGUCUCUGGUAUAAAAUUGACAUUAUCUCUCUCCUUGGAAGGUUUUCAGUCUCCCAGGCGGCUAAGGGUUUUAUGUACAAAUUGCAAAUUAUGGAGCAAAUUAUGUGAGCUGGUAAAACUACUGGUUUGGAGGCAAUGACGUGGCCUAAAAUCGUCAGCUCUCGUACGGUUUACAUUGCGCAGUUUAGAGAACAAACCCUUGGCCUGCAGCCAACACUUUAUCAAUAUCUACUUGACCUACUGUCAGGAGCGUUUUUGAUCUUGAAUUAAUAUAUCAGUGUUAAAAUCCAAAAUACGCUUUUGCGCAUGGUUAAGCAUGCAAUAAAUUAAUCCACAGAUUAAACACAGGGCAAGUGGUACCACAGAUUAAAUAUAUCUCAAAUGAGAGCACGGAUUAAAUAUACAUUGAGUGACACCACAAAUUAAACACACUUUAAAUUAUACCACAGAUUAAUUACGUUAGGCUAUACCCAGCGCCGGACUGGCCCACUGGGAUACUGCAAAAUUUCCUGGUUGACCUAGCACACUAUCGUUCAUGUGCACAGCCACCUAGUGCGCAUCGGCCCGCACGGUACAAUUACAGAGUAAUCACAGAAUGUAGCGUGGCCGAGCAGGCAGACUGCGGGUAGAGGAGCUUCUAUUCCCCUACCCGGUCUGACAGGAAGCGCUCACAGAGAGCACAGAACUGCUUCAUGUCAGACCAGGCACAGCAAGCAGUAGGUCCUCCAUACGGUCUGCCUGCUCGGCCACGCUACAGCAAGGUACAGGAAGAGCUGGGGGGGUCGGAAACUAAUGUUACACAUGGGGCAGGGGGGAACCUAAUGUGACACAUGAGGGCUGGGGGGGUAUAGGGACCUAUAGAGGGACUGAGGGAAAUAAUAAGGCACAUGGAGGUCUGGAGGUGAAAUGAUACACAUGGUGGGCUGGGAGAGGGGCUAUAGGGACACAUGGGGGCUAAUGGAAUACAUGGAGGGCUGGGGGAGCUAAUGAGACACAUUGAGGUCUGGAGGGAUGGAUUGAGACACAUGGAUGUCUGGGGGGAUGGAUUUAGAAGCAUGGAGUAAUGGUACACAUGUAGAGCAGGAGGGGGUGGAAUGAGACACAUGGAGGGACAGGGGAGAAAAAAAAAAGACACGGAGGGGUCUGGGGAGAAAGACAGAAAGGGGAACAGGAGACACAAAGAGGGGCUGGGGAAGGGGAGAAUGAGACACACAGAAGUGCUGCAGCCUGGGAAAGAGACUAACAGAAGGGUUGGGGAAGGGGCGAAAGAGACAAAGGGACUGGGGCUAAGAGACACAUGAAAGGGGCUUGCAGGAGAAAGACACAAACAAAAUGCAUCUUCACUUGUGUCUCCUGCUCUUCCUGUAAUUUAGAGUCGACCGGUGAGAGAGACUUUGUAUUAAAGGGACACUAUAGUCACCAGAACUUCUACAGUUUAAAGUAGUUGUCCUGGUGUCUAUAGCCUGUCCCUGUAUGCUGAGCACUGUAAAUGCUACCUUUUCAGAGAAAAUGCAGUGUUGGUUAAUUAGCUAUUGUUUCAAAUAAGCAUAAGCCUACCCAGGUGUUAAAAAAUGCUAGUGGGUUGUGCUUUUAUGAGUUAUGUAAGGGUUGUUGUCAUUAGCUUGGCUAAUAUAGCUUGGUUGCUACAUCUAAGUGCUGCUUCAAAGUGUGUUGUGACGGACAGCCUGGCACCCUGACCGGGUGCCUCCGCCAAUCGAUGCUCCUAGUGCUCACCGAGGACUCCAAGCACUCCACUAGACACCAUCUGCACCGUAGACCCCAGAAACCACUGCAACUAGGUAGGGUUCUCGCCGUCCUCCACCCACCCUGGACCGAAGACCAGGAUCCAGCUUCCAGUGGGUGAACCUCUCCUUCUCCAGAGAGUAUAGCAGAAACAGCUCUUAUAAGAGCUAGUGAUUAUAAUCCAAGGGAGUAUGAGUAUAGCAAUCCCCAGAGUGAAUAUAGUUGUCCCCUCCACACAUGAGAUGAGGCUCUAUGUUGAGGGUGAAGAGGAACUGAUUUUAUUGGUGCCACACUUGGCCUUUUAUGACAAUCCCCAUGCAAGCGGUACUCCCAACUGGACCUGAUGGAAGACUGAAUUACAAAGUCACAGGCCAAUGACAACAGUGUUAAAAUACAUGACACUCCCAUACAUAAAAAGCUAAUCCCUCCUCUGGGCCUGCAAAAUAAUUGGAUCAGGAACUGUACUAAUCUAAUCCAAUUAUCUCCAAGUACAGAAAAACACACUUUUCCCCAAACAUUCCCAAAGUACCCCAAAAACACAUAAAACCCCACAGGGGUUCAGGAAUUUCCUAGAAGUCAUUUAUUUGACCGACCCCAGGCAUGGUCCCAUGCCCAAAACAGUUCCAGAGAAUCAGGGCUUGCGGUUGGUCUAGUUCGGUAGUUUGAAUACGAACAAACUACCUAACAGAGUCAAUAGUCUUACCCUGGAGCUUGUUCCCCUUAUCCAGACAAAUGAUUUCACCGAACAGUGUCCUUCUGAGCUGUAUAGAAAUGAACGCAGGUGAUGAUGGAAGUCCAGCAGUGUUCGGGAGUUUGUGUCCGAUUUUAGUUCCAUGAGAUUUAUGCCCAAACACCGCUGCCUGCGUUCAUGCGAACAAGAUGGCCGCCACCUCCUGGUUGUCCAUAGGAAUUCUGGCCACCCAGACGAACAAUUAGAACACUGCGGUGAGAACCUUCCAAGUUGUUAAUAGGUGUUAACAAGCUCCAGGGUGGUCUACUUUUUAAAGUAUUUUAGCCAGGACUAUUGCAGGGGCCAUAGUCCUGGGGAAAGAGGCUGGCGAGCAGGCCGAGGUUAUGUUUGCCACAUGUGUGAUUGGAGAUAUUCUGGAGGUAAUCUGAGGUAUAUAGGAGGACAAAAAAAAGUUAAGAUUUGUUUGUAUUUCAAUUAUUUACCUCGUUAAAAUGGCAGACUUAGUUCAGUGUAAUAGUUGUUAUGCAUUUGUUUCACAUUCCACUUUUUGGAGAUUUUGAUGCUGUCUAAUCUGUACACAGUUCUCUAUCUUGCGGCAGGAGAUUGUAUUUUUGAAGUCUGAGAUUUUUAAAUUAUCUGGUGAACAAACUCAGGCUGGAACUGCAGCAUAGCCACUGCCACAGAGACAUACUAGGAAUGGCAGAUGGAUUACUGUAGGAUCUGGUAGACUUAGAGUUGUGGAUAAAAGGCAUAUUGCACAGUCUGUUGCUCUACAUAAUUCAUUUUCAGCACUUUCAGAGUGUAAUGGUGUUAUGAGACAGGCUCAGGCACCAAGUGUAGUGGUGUUGUGGAGACAGGCUUGGAGACUAUGGUGAGGCCUAAUAGAAAGCAGUUGUUGUUGGGGGAUUCCAUUAUAAGAGGUGUGGAGAUGGACAAUGGUGGUCUUGUGAGAUGUCUUCCCGGAGCUACUGCUCACAGAGACAGGAGACGUAUUUGUAAUAUUGUUAAGCAAGCAAAGCAGGAAGGGGAAUUUGAUGUACUUGCCCAUCUAGGGACAAAUGACUUGGCUUGCAAUGAGGUUUCAGAGGUUAAGGAAGUUUUUAGUGUUUUUGCCAAUGAUAUACGGCAGGUUGCUUCCACACUGUCAUUCUCUGAAGUUCUGCCUGUGCAUAACACUCAGAGCGACAGGCGGAUGCGUAUUAGGGACUUUAAUUUGUGGCUUGGUGAAUGGUGUCGGGAGCAAGGAUUUGGCUUUAUUUCUCAUGGUAGCUCUGUUUGGAAUGGAGAUAAGCUGUACAAAAAAGAUGGUUUGCAUCUUUCUCAAAAGGGAACAAAUGUUCUCAGUGAGCAGUUCAGAGGUUUUGCUAGGAUGUAUUUAAACUAGGAGGGGGGGGCAAAAGGGUGAUAAAACAUCAAUCCAAUUGUCCCCCAAAACAAGGACAGAAGGUGCCUGUAGCAAGUGUGUUAAAAAAAUGAUAAGCUUAGAGUCAUGUCUACAAAUGCUCGCAGUUUAGGGAAUAAGAUCCAUGAACUUGUGACAAUAAUGGCAACUGAUAGUGUAGAUUUAGUCGCUGUUACUGAGACAUGGUACAAUGAGAAAAAUGACUGGGACAUAGCAAUACCAGGGUACUCUUUAUAUAGGAAAGAUAGGGAAGGCAAGAAAGGGGGAGGGUGGCCUUGUAUGUGAAGGAUAGCAUAAAAUCUAGCCUAAUAAAAGUUAGUGAGGCAAACAUAGAGUCCGUUUGGGCUACGUUAGAAUUUGGUAAUCGCACAGUAACUCGUGUAGGUGUGAUUUAUAGGCCCCCAGGACAAAUUGAAGAGUUAGAUAAUCUACUAGUUGAGGAAAUAGCUAAAAUGACAAGGAAGGGGGAAGUUAUUGUGGCGGUCUGUCAAGGUAUCACUGCCAUGGAAACCUUUUUUCCCAUAAUAAUAAUACGCCAAUAAUCCACAGGUUAAAAUAUCGCCGGUAUCGCAUAACCCCCCACACAUGAGCAAAGGCUUAAUGCAGGGUAAGACUGAUUUUAAUGGAGAACAGGCAUCAAAUUUAUACAGUCAGUAAACUCCUCCUCUGAACCUGGGAGAUAAUGGAGUCAGAGACUGCACUAAACUCAAUUAGCUCCAGUCACAAAAAAAGGUACAAUAUUACAACACCCCAAAAGUACCCCCAAAAUACAUGGGAUCACCACAAAAGUUACAUUCCUGGGUAGCCUGGAUCUGGGUGAACACCAUAUCCGAAAAUCACCCAGAUCCGUUCAGUAGUUUGCGAUCGGCACCGCAGGGAAGAUUUGACCGGUCUGCCACGAGGUCGAAGCCCAGAAAUAGUUCCAUGGAAAUUGUGGCAAGAGCCGGUCUCAGUUCGUGAGGUUUUGCACGAAAACCACAUAAGAUAUAGUCAAGCUGGUUCAUGGAGAAUGCUCCGUGUUCGGUAUUCGGAAUGCCGUUCGUCUAGGUGAAUGAGAACGAGAACGGGGAGUAGAUCCAUAGAGAACUCUGAUACAUGAAAUGGUGGCCACCCAGUAACUCCACAGUAUGUCCCCAGAUGGUUCUUAAAGGGCCAGCAGCAGCAUAAUAAAAUACAAUAAAAUACAAUAUGCCCAAAUACUGUACUUAAAGGGCCAAAUCUCCCAGGGCCAUAGUCAGUAGGCAGGAGGCGGGCAAGCAGGCUUCUCCAAUGCCCAGUGGCGAGGUUGGUUUCGCCACAGAAGGCUUACUGAUGGUAAGGCAUGUCUUUUUGUUGAUGAUACUAAGAUAUGUAACAGGGUUGAUGUUCCAGGAGGGAUAAGCCAAAUGGCAAAUGAUUUAGGUAAACUAGAAAAAUGGUCAGAGUUAAGGGAGCUGACAUUUAAUGUGGAUCAGUGCAAGAUAAUGCAUCUUGGACGUAAAAACCCAAGCAGGGCCGGACUGGGGAUACAAAGCAGCCCUGGAAAAAAAAUAAAUCUAUGCCAACCCCAAAAGUCAUUGCGCCAUAUAUUGUCGCAUGUAAUAUGUAAGGCUAUGUCUUGCCACCCCAGAUGAUUGAGUAAUAUAUAUAUUGCUUUUUCUAAUAUAAAAUAUUGGUCCUUUCAGAGUAAAACGUUUAAUUAUACAGUAAGCAUACUCACAUGCAGACACAGACAAUCUCACUGACACACAGCCUCAUAGACAAACAAUCUCACGGAUAUACAUCAGCUCAUUGACAUAAAAACACAAGAUCACUCACUAGCAGGCACACACACACACACAGCUUAAUGUAGUGGUUCUGGAGUCUAUAGCCUGUCUCUGCAGGCUUUUCAAUGUAAACAUGGACUUUUCAGAGAAAAUGCAGUGUUUACAUUGCUUCCUAGUGACAGACACUGAGACGGUCACUAGAGGUGCUUCCUGUGUCAGUGCAGGUUGGCUGGAUCAUCAAGCUUGAUGAUCUCAACCAUAGAGGCAAGACCAGUCGAGGGGAGACCAGCACGACGUUUGGAAAAAAAAAGGUGAGUAAAAACACUAUUUUUAAAUACACACACACACACACACACCUUGACACAGACAGAAACACACACACACACACACACACACACACACACACACCAUGACACAGUCACACACCUUGACACAGACAGACAUAUACCAUGACAGACACACACACAAACCAUGACACAAACAGACCGUGACACAGACAGAAACACACACACACACACACACCAUGACACAGACACAUACCAUGACAGACACACACACACACACACACACCAUGACACAGUCAGACCGUGACACAGACAGAAACACACACCAUGAUACAGACAGACACACACACACACCAUGACACAGUCAGACCGUGACACAGACAGAAACACACACACACACAUAGACAGACACACACACACACUCACACUGAGACACAUAAUUGCUACCUGGCGUGCUGGCGGCCGCUGGGGGAGCUUGCUGUGCUGUCUCUGCUCCCGCAGCUUAAGGAGACCAGGGCCGGAAAAUGAUGUCAUCUUCCGGCCCCGGACUUAAGUAGCGCACAAGGGCGGGGAGCAGAGCCAGAAGAGCCAGCUCCCACUGCAGCCGCAGGUCAGCCAGCUGUCUCCCUGGCCCUAGGUGCCGACGGCCCACCGGGAAAUUUCUUAUCUGCCGUCACAUUCUGUUUCUAUGUUACAUUGCUGCUUCGGAACAGCUCUAGUGACAGUCACUCAGACGGCCACUAGAGCUGCUUCCUAGUCCAGUGCUGCACAGUGUAUUGGGCAUCUCCACUCUCUGCAUGGAGGCCCUGAACACUCCCGUAGAGAUGCAUUGAUGCAAUUUAUCUCUAUGGGGAGAUGCUGAUUGGUGCGGUGAAGUACAUAGUUUUGUCACAUGUGCAAUAGCCUUCCAAUGCUUUCCUAUGGGAAUUGAAUUGGCGCUGACUAAGAUUAUCCAGUUGUCAGCCAAAGUGAGGGAGCACACUCUCGUUACUUCAAAAUGAGCAACAUAACGUCAUUUUAUACUUCUGUGCAAUAGCAUACAUUCACAAUUUCAGUCCAAUUAUGAAACGUUCCUUAAUAUGUCGAGGUAGUUGGACUGAAACAUUGAAUAUAUGUAAAUGCAUGUCUGCUUACAACAAAUCCUCUGUUUUGUUUAUUUUGAAGCCCUAUGAGUGCUUUCUUCCACGUUUGAGCGAUAGUUUUCAAUUCUCAGGUUUUUACCCGCUUUCAUAUCUGCGCACUAUGCUGGCGCGACGCAUUAUGGGGCUGGUAUAGAAUUUUUUUCCAGGGCUGCUUUUCAUUCCCAGUCCGGCCCUGGCUAUACCACAGAUGGAACACACAUUUAGCUAUACCACAGAUAAGGUAAACCACAGCUUGAACACACGUUAAGUCAUACCACGGAUUAAUCACGUAUUAAACACACAUUCAGUUAUACCACGUAUUAAACAUGCAUUCAGUUAUACCACGUAUUAAACACACAGUCAGUUAUACCACGUAUUAAACACGCAUUCAGUUAUACCACGUAUUAAACAUGCAUUCAGUUAUACCACGUAUUAAACACACAUUCAGUUAUACCACGUAUUAAACACACAUUCAGUUAUACCACGUAUUAAACAUGCAUUCAGUUAUACCACGUAUUAAACACACAUUCAGUUAUACCACGUAUUAAACACACAUUCCGUUAUACCACGUAUUAAACACACAUUCAGUUAUACCACGUAUUAAACACACAUUCAGUUAUACCACGUUAUACCACGUAUUAAACACACAUUCAGUUAUACCACGCAUUAAACACACAUUCAGUUAUACCACGUAUUAAACACACAUUCAGUUAUACCACGCAUUAAACACACAUUCAGUUAUACCACGCAUUAAACACACAUUCAGUUAUACCACGCAUUAAACACACAUUCAGUUAUACCACGCAUUAAACACACAUUCCGUUAUACCACGUAUUAAACACAAACUAAACAAUACCAUAGAUUAAACAUGUGACAAAUAAAAAAAAAUGACAAAGAAAGAGCAACACGACAAAGUAGGCGACAAAACCCAAAUUAAACCACGUGAACUGAUUAAACCAUAUGGUAUGUUCAGUGAAGGGUGUCAGUGGGAGACUUUAGUGGUGGGUGUGGGUCAGUGAAGGGUGUCCGUGGUGGGGGUCAGUGAAGGGUUUCAGUGGAGGGUGUCCUUGGGUGAUUUUAGUGGUGGGGGUCAGUGAAGGGUUUCAGUGGAGGGUGUCUGUGAGGGAUUUCGGUGGUGGGGGUCAGUGAAGGGUUUCAUUGGAGGGUGUCUGUGGAGGAUUUCGGUGGUGGGGGUCAGGUGUCUGUGGAGGAUUUCGGUGGAGGGUGUCUGUGGAGGAUUUCGGUGGUGGGGGUCAGUGAAGGGUUUCAGUGGAGGGUGUCCGUGGGGGAUUUUGGUGGUGGGGGUCAGUGAAGGGUUUCAGUGGAGGGUGUCCGUGGGCAUUUUGGUGGUGGGGUCAGUGAAGGGUUUCAGUGGAGGGUGUCCUUGGGUGAUUUUGGUGGUGGGGUUCAGUGAAGGGUUUCAGUGGAGGGUGUCCGUGGGCAUUUUGGUGGUGGGGUCAGUGAAGGGUUUCAGUGGAGGGUGUCCGUGGGGGAUUUUGGUGGUGGGGGUCAGUGAAGGGUUUCAGUGGAGGGUGUCCGUGGGGGAUUAUGGUGGUGGGGGUCAGUGAAGGGUUUCAGUGGAGGGUGUCCGUGGGGGAUUAUGGUGGUGGGGGUCAGUGAAGGGUUUCAGUGGAGGAGGGUGUCGUGAGCAUUUUGGUGGGUAGGGUGAAACUGAAGGGACAGUGGAGGGUGUCCAUUGGGGAUUUUUGCGUUAAGUAAAUUGAAGGGUUUCAGUGGAGGGUGUGGGGAUUAGCAGGUGGGGGUCAGUGAAGGGUUUCAGUGGAGGGUGUCCGUGGGGGAUUAUGGUGGUGGGGGUCAGUGAAGGGUUUCAGUGGAGGGUGUCCGUGGGGGAUUAUGGUGGUGGGGGUCAGUGAAGGGUUUCAGUGGAGGGUGUCCGUGGGGGAUUAUGGUGGUGGGGGUCAGUGAAGGGUUUCAGUGGAGGGUGUCCGUGGGGGAUUUUAGUGGUGGGUGCCUGUGGAAGGUUUCAGUAGUAGGUGCAUACAUGUCUGCCUAACAAGUUGACCGUUUAACUACUGUAUAUUAAUCUGGGUUAUAACAUUUAAAACUGUGACCUUUUCAGUUAAAUAAUGACAUAACAUUCGUAUAUUAACACUAUAUUUCAUGGACAGUGACGUGUAUCUGUAUAGAUAGUACUCACAAUCACUAUAUAUUUCAGGGGAAUGUUAUUCAGUCAAUAUACACCGUUCCUGCUCCACUAGACCCCCCGCCCCAGUCUUCACACCUCAUCAUGAAGGCAAAUCAUUUAAACUAUGAGCUUCUUCCCGUCACUCUCCCUCCGCACAGCUUAUUAAAGGAACACAGACAUGUAUUCCUAACCCUAUAGUGUUAACACCAUCAUUUAGGUGGCUUGCCCCUGCCUUAAGUUAAUAAAACUCACAUUAUUUCCAGCGCUGCGUGGAUCCGCAGGUGCUGCCCCCCCCUCCCCCCCCCCCGGUGACAUCGUCAGAAUUGCCAAUAUUUAGCCAAUGAGAAAGCACUGGAUUGGCUAAAAUCGGCGAGGGGGCGGGGUCAAACACUGUUUUGGACCAAUCAGCACCUCCUCAUAGAGAUGCAUUUAAUUAAUGCAUCUCUGUGAGGAAAAUUCAGCAGGGCUGCUUACUGUGCAGCACUGAGCCAGGAAGCACCUCCAAUGGCCAUCUGAGGAGUGGCCAGUGAAGUGAUCACUAGGCUGUAAUGUAAACACUGCAUUUUCUCUGAAACAAGCAGUGUUUGCAUGAAAAUGACUGAAGGCAAUGAUUCUACUCACCAGAACAAAUACAUUGAGCUGUAGUUGUUCUGGUGAUUAGUGUCCCUUUAACCUUUUUUUACUUCCUCCUCCUGCCCAUCUAACAAUUAAACAUCAUUUACCCUUCAUUUUACCCCACUGCCCCUAGAACGUUGGCUGGAUUGAGCAGGGCCCAACAUGUCUAAUAUUUUGUUAGUACAGCAUUUCAGAAUUCGCUGUAAAUACCAAUAAUAAGAAUUUCUUAUAGCCAGUAUCACUAUGCAUUGCCGAGCCGUUCUGGGCUGUACAGUAGGGUGCUGUAAUGGGUGUGCCUGGGUGGGGGUUAGUAACUGGAUUAAUAGAUAAUUCAUGUCUCUCUCUGCAGAUUGCCAGAACGAGCCAUGGAUAAAGUCAGAGGAUUAUUCAGAGAUGUGGUGAGUUUAAUAAGCCCUACAUUUCUACUAAUUAUUCUAAUACAACUCGACUCUUAAUCCUUCCCAAGUCCAUUAUCUACUCCGUUACUCAGUACAUGCGGUCUACAUAACAACCAUAGGCAACCUCCUGCACAGGUGUAAUGGACUACAUCUCCCAUAAUACUCAUACAACCAUAACGCUGGGGAAGUAUCUAGGGAUAUGUAGUCCACAUCAUCACAAAUGUCGAAGACUGCCUAAUCCUGAUAUAUCUCUACCUUCCUCUAUAUACAAACAAGAUACUGUAUCCCUCCCUCCCACUAUAUACAAACUAGAUACUGUAUCCCUCCCUCCCACUAUAUACAAACUAGAUACUGUAUCCCUCCCUCCCUCUAUAUACAAACUAGAUACUGUGUCCCUCCCUCCCUCUAUAUACAAACUAGAUACUGUAUCCCUCCCUCCCUCUAUAUACAAACUAGAUACCGUAUCCCUCCCCCCCUCUAUAUACAAACUAGAUACCGUAUCCCUCCCUCCCUCUAUAUACAAACUAGACGCUGUAUCCCUCCCUCUAUAUACAAACUAGAUACUGUAGCCCUCCAUCUAUAUACAAACUAGAUACUGUAUCCCUCCCUCCCUCUAUAUACAAACUAGAUACCGUAUCCCUCCCUCUAUAUACAAACUAGAUACCGUAUCCCUCCAUCCCUCUAUAUACAAACUAGACACUGUAUCCCUCCCUCCCUCUAUAUACAAACUAGAUACUGUAUCCAUCCCUCCCUCUAUAUACAAACUAGACGCUGUAUCCCUCCCUCUAUAUACAAACUAGAUACUGUAUCCCUCCCUCCCUCUAUAUACAAACUAGAUACCGUAUCCCUCCCUCUAUAUACAAACUAGAUACUGUAUCCCUCCCUCUAUAUACAAACUAGAUACUGUAUCCCUCCCUCCCUCUAUAUACAAACUAGAUACUGUAUCCCUCCCUCCCUCUAUAUACAAACUAGAUACUGUAUCCCUCCCUCCCUCUAUAUACAAACUAGAUACUGUAUCCCUCCCUCCCUCUAUAUACAAACUAGAUACUGUAUCCCUCCCUCCCUCUAUAUACAAACUAGAUGCUGUAUCCCUCCCUCCCUCUAUAUACAAACUAGAUACUGUAUCCCUCCCUCCCUCUAUAUACAAACUAGAUACUGUAUCCCUCCCUCUAUAUACAAACUAGAUACUGUAUCCCUCACUCUAUAUACAAACUAGAUACUGUAUCCCUCCCUCUAUAUACAAACUAGAUACUGUAUCCCUCCCUCCCUCUAUAUACAAACUAGAUACUGUAUCCCUCCCUCCCUCUAUAUACAAACUAGAUACUGUAUCCCUCCCUCUAUAUACAAACUAGAUACCGUAUCCCUCCAUCCCUCUAUAUACAAACUAGACACUGUAUCCCUCCCUCCCUCUAUAUACAAACUAGACACUGUAUCCAUCCCUCCCUCUAUAUACAAACUAGACGCUGUAUCCCUCCCUCUAUAUACAAACUAGACACUGUAUCCCAAAUCUAUAAUUUUGCAAACGGCUUAAACUUUGACUUUUAUAGACGUGGUCACACUUGCUGAUGAUUAAUAAAUCAAGGGCGUUUGAUUAGCAGCACCGGUCUUAAUUAUUAUGCAAGCAGUAAGGGUGUACUUAGUUUUUCACACACGUCUUCUCGAUUUUAGCUUGAAUUUUGGUAAUUAAAUCACGACACGGUUUAAUAUGUCAUGUGUUGUUCAUCUUAGGUUGUAUUUACUUAAUCUGCUAUAUACACACACACACACACACACACACACACACACACCCCUUUCUUUUAGAAAUAUACAAUAUAACUUUUUAUUUUUAUGCACAAAAUGCAGUUUCAUCUUAUGUUGGUAUGUAAGCUAUGCAAACAGUGUCUUGCAGUAAAAGGUUAAUAUCCUCUUUGUGAAAUUGGAAGGUGUUGCAGAACACACUGACACUAUAAAAUGUUGGUAAUAGUAAAUAUUAAUUAGCAAGACUUACUGAAUGCUCGAGGAGGAGCUGUAACAGUGUGUAUACUGGUUACCAACCUAGACAAUGUCACAUAUACAGCCGUCAGUUUAUAAAAAUACAGCCGAACACAAAAUAUAUGUCUUCAAUCAACAAUAUCACAGUAUAGAUAUAAUCAGACCUACACAGAAACACACACCGGGUUAUUCAACAAAGUCCGAACUUAAAGAGAAUUUCCCAUUUGAGGCCAAGGUAGUCAUUCUGGGAACAUAACGGAAUUACAGAACGUGUCCAGUGCGACUAGUUUGAAAUUCACUUAGAAUUGUCUCUUUAUUGAAUAACGCUGAAUGUUUCACUAUGAAUGCUUUAAGACAUGUUAUAUAUUUGGGGCUGUGUACGUCUGACUAUGUUAUAUAGGAUUUAUUGUAUAUUUGGGCUGGGGAGAUGAUAUAUUACGUGUACAGCUGAUUAUUUAAUAUACAUAAAGACUUGCUAUUAAGACCUGUGUUACCCUGCAAAGCCCCAGGUAAAUCAGUGCUGCCUUCAUUUUCCAUUGCCAGUAACAGCCUGUCAGUGCAGUUGGAAGGAUGAGGACCUCAAGUCCCCACUACACAAGUGGGUUUUAUACGUGAGCCAAGCUCGCCAUACACGUGAUAUCAGCCGUACGGAGUGCAUGUAGAGCUGCACAUGUGAUAUCAGCCGUACGGAGUGCAUGUAGAGCUGCACAUGUGAUAUCAGCCGUACGCAGUGCAUGUAGAGCUGCACAUGUGAUAUCAGCCUUACGGAGUGCAUGUAGAGCUGCACACGUGAUAUCAGCCGUACGGAGUGAUUGUAGUGGAGCUCCUUGUACCCCAGCUGGGAUUGCGUCCUAUCUGCAACUGAUGAAAAGUACUGCUCCUCUGCCCUAGUCGAUGUGGCUUGACUGGGGUCCUUCACAUUGCUGUGACAAACAUAAUAAAAUUCAAAUACCCAAAACAUGUCACAAAAUAUACAGGAAAUUAUAAUAGAAUAACAUUUAUAAAGGGAUGGGGAAGACAUUAAUUAACAGAACAUCUCUCCUGCCUGCAGAAUUAGCAAUAUGCAAAUGUAUCCGAAUAUGCAAAUUAGCAAUCCUUCCGUUUCAGGUAGUGCAUUCACCGGUUGCUAGAUCCUUGCAACUAACAGGUGGCGCUGUACAGGCUCCACAGCCAAAUCCAUCUAGUAUGGUUGCAAGCAUUAGCAAGACAGGCGAACACACUAACAUUUAACCCAAAAAACCACAUUACACACACACAAUGGACACAGGGUGACUUAAACAUAGGAACAGUUCAGGGUCCUACAUAAAAUGUCUGUAAUGAUCUUACCUGGAGGUGGGAGUCCAAAGUGGUGAGUUAAGGCACACCCUUGCUGUUUAACACGAACUGAGGAGAUCCUAGGAAGAUAUCUCCAAGGUUGUGAAACAAUGCACUGGGGCUUUGCAGGAAAAGUACUCCUGGAUACACAGAACAGACAAGGGAAUUCCAAUAGAGCAGACAGGUACGGUUCCAAUGGUCGGGGCAGGCGGAAAUCAGGCAAAUACGGUAAACAGUUCUGAAGGUCAAAGCAGGAGUCAGAUGAACUAAACAGCUUCCAAGACAGGAACAAAACAGUCUGGCCAGGAUUAAGUGGCAAGGCAGGGCUUAUAAAGGUAGUUAACAAGCUACUUAAUCAGGAACCACGAGCAGGUAUAAAGUAGUCCAGGCUUAGAGAUGCAGAUACCAUGUUGCUUCCCCAACAAACAGUCUGCAUUCUUCCACUCCUCCAUAAUGAACAGAGGUAACUAUGUGUGACUGUAUGUGUGUAUAAGACUGUAUGUGUGGCUGUCUGUAAUUGUGUGUGUGUGUGUUUAUCUACCUGUAACUGUGUAUGUGACUAUCUGUCUGCGACUAUGUGCAUGUGGUGGAUUUGACAGUGUAUAUGUAUAACUGUGUGCACAUAACUCUGCAAAAAUAUACACCUGCAUUCAGACACAGGCCUAAAUGCAUGUUUUUAUCUGAAUUAAAUAACCAUCACACACAGCCAAUAAACCCAGCAAAAAUAUCACAUACAACCAAUACACGCAUAUCACAGGCUGUUAAUACACCCAUUACAAAUAUCACACAUAGCCAACACAUAGCAUGCAUAUCACAUACACAGACAACACAAACAUUACAUUUUGGGGCUGUGAAGAUUUUUCACACAGAGCGCCUAAAGGCCUAAGGCCAGCCCUGACACUGAGUGUAUGUAGAGCUGCACUAUAGCUCACAUAUGUGUGAUAUCAGCAGGGCCGGACUGGCCCACCCGGGAUACCGGGAAAUUUCCCGGUGGGCCGUCGGCACCUGGAGCUGGGGAGACAUCUUGGUGACCUGCGGCCGCAGGGGGAGGAGAGCUCUUCUGGCGGCCGCAGGGGGAGCUGGCUGUUCUAUCUUUGCUCCCCCAGCCUCGCGCGCUACUUAAUAAGACCGGGGCCGGAAUAUGACGUCAUAUUCCGGCCCCGGUCUUAUUAAGCUGCGCGCUGGGGAGCAGAGACAGACAGCCAGCUCCCCCUGCGGCCGCCAGCACAUCCAUCUGUCUGCCCACAGGUAGCAACAAUUAUGUGUGUCAGUGGGAGUGUAUGUGUUUGUGUCUGUCUGUGUCAUGGUUUGUGUCUGUCUGUCAUGGUGUGUGUGUCAUGGUUUGUGUCUGUCUGUCAUGGUGUGUGUGUGUCUGUCUGUCUGUCUAUGUCAGGGUCUGUGUCUGUCAUGGUGUGUGCGUGUCUCUGUCAUGGUGUGUGUCUGUCUGUGUCAUGGUGUGUCUGUCAUGGUAUGUGUGUGUGUCAAGGUGUGUAUGUCUGUCAUGGUGUGUGUGUGUGUGUGUGUGUGUAUCUGUCAUGGUAUGUGUGUGUGUGUCUGUCAUGGUAUGUGUGUGUCUGUCAAGGUAUGUGUGUGUCUGUGUUUUUACUCACCUUUUUUUUCCCCCAAGGUCGUGCUGGUCUCCCAUCGACUGGCCCUGCCUCUAUGGCUAUGAUCAUCAAGCUUGAUGAUCUCAGCCAAUCCGCACUGACACAUGAAGCACCUCUAGUGACCGUAUGAGUGUCUGUCACUAGGAAGCAAUGUAAACACUGCCUUUUCACUGCAUUGAAAAGCCUGCAGGGACAGGCGGUAGACACCAGAACCACUACAUUAAGCUGUGUGUGUGUGUACGCCUGCUAGUGAGUGAGAUUGUGUUUUUAUGUCAAUGAGCUGAUGUAUAUCAGUGAGAUCGUUUGUCUAUGAGGCUGUGUGUGUCAGUGAGAUUGUCUGUGUCUGCAUGUGAGUAUGCUUACUGUAUAAUUAAACGUUUUACUCUGAAAGGAACAAUAUUUUAUAUUAGAAAAAGCAAUAUAUAUAUUACUCAAUCAUCUGGGGUGGCAAGACAUAGCCUUACAUAUUACAUGCGACAAUAUAUGGCGCAAUGACUUAUGGGGCUGGCAUAGAUUUUUUUUCAGGGCUGCUUUGUAUCCCCAGUCCGGCCCUGAAUAUCAGCCGUCCGGAGCGCAUGUAGAGCUGCACUAUAGCUUGCCGUACAUGUGAUAUCAGCCGUACGGAGCGCAUGUUGAGCUGCACUAUAGCUUGCCGUACAUGUGAUAUCAGCCGUACGGAGCGCAUGUUGAGCUGCACUAUAGCUUGCCGUACAUGUGAUAUCAGCCGUACGGAGCGCAUGUAGAGUUGCACAAUGUGCUUUACUCAGAACAUCAUCAUGAUAAUUUCUCCCUUUUUUCCCACCUUCCAACCUUUUUGUCCUAUGACUCGGCAUAGUGUUAUUAUCAGAGCUGUGCUAAAGAAAUUAAAAAUAAACUGUCACUUCUCUGGAAUUAACAAAAUGGAAUAAAACAAGGAAAAUCAGCUUGUGUUAACGUUUUACAUGAAUUGCUCUGCUUUCUUUUAAAUAUAUAUGAAUGAUUUAUCAAAUGACAUCACAAUCUAGAAUAAAACGUGAGUAAAGAUGUAAUAUAGAAAUAUUUUUUAUGUCUCCUCCUAUCUAUAUGCUCUAUGCCUGCUGACUGACAGGUGUAAAGGGCAGAGCUGGUAACAAUGACUGACAGGUGUAAAGGGCGGAGUUAAUGACAAUGAUUGACAGGGAGCUAAGAUGGAGGAGUCCAGUUACAAGAUAAAGAGGAUAUGACCCCUAUUUAUCCUGUAACUGGGCUCCUCCAUCUUAGCUCCCUGUCAUAUAUUUUUUUAUUUUUCCCUCCUCACAAAUAUGUAUUUGUUAAAAGGAGUAAGUAAACAUGAUAUGAAAGAUCCUGAGAAGUGGCAGUAUCCCUUUAAAUUCUGUGGCGUAACGUUAAACUCUUAAAAUAUUGGUGUGGCUAUUGCUUUAAGUGACAUACUUGUAUCACCCCUCCAGGUGACCUCCACAAAUUCGUUCUCCAUCUAUCAUGGAGUGGAGGACCAAGAAAGCGCAGAGCUUCAGCUGGAGGACAAGCACGACGAGCCACAAGCAUUGCACCCACAGAGAGGUUCCUGUCUAUCUUCAAUCACUCCGCUCUACCAAAAAAUCCUGCUCGCCAUCAUUGUGGCAGUUGCUGGUAAGUGUAUAUAAUCCAGUCAACGUCGGUCUACAUCACAGGUCGUUCCCAACCUUCCCCAGUAUCAGAUUCAUUGUAAAAGAGAUAACUACAUAGUUUGAGUUGUGAGAAAUCUUGAAAAUGGUUUUGAUAAAGCUGAGAAGAUUGAUACAUGUUGUAGCUUUCCACUGAGAGUCCCAUUGAUGUUAUAGUCACAGUUAUUCAGCACAUUGCUGACUGUGACACACCAACCCGUCACUUGUUAAACUUUUUCGAUUUGUUUUAUCCUCAAUCGCUCGGUUACCGAACAAAGUCCUGUUUUCCCCUUUUUUUUUUUGCAGUGCAUAUAUAAAAAAUACAAAUAGGCCUGCCACGCCCCAACAGCCAAGGCAAGCACAUCUACAACAACAGUAAAAUAGACAUGUGGCAUUGUGAGAGUACAGCACUAGUGUUAUGUUUUGAUAUAUUCAGGUUAGUCACAUAUGUCUGCAUCCAGACCACCACCUGGCUCGUUAACCUCUUUGACCCAAUUAACUCAAGUGCUCUUCUGGGUGGCCGUCAUUCGUGUGGACGAACGCAUGUGUUAUGUGGAAAGAUGGCCAUAUUGUCUCGCGAUUGCAGGCAGCGGUACUCGGACAUCGAAUGCAUAGAACUAAAAUCGGACACACUAUCUCGCCAACACUGCUAAACUUGUACUGCUGCCUGCUUCUCUCCCAAAUAAGCCAGAGAGAGCGCUUUUCAGGAAAAAGACUUGUACGAACAGGAAGAACAUUUGCUCCCUAGAGCCAGGGAGGAGCAUUCGGUUUUAUGCGCACAGGACUGCCAAAGGGAGACCGGCCGCAGACUAUUUCGUCAUGGAACUAUUUUGGGCUACAACCUCGUGGCCAGCUGGUCAAAACUUUACCUAGAUGGCGAUUCCAUUCCACUGAACGAAUCCAAGUGCUAUUUGGACAAAUUAGGGGAUAUAGGACUUGUGGGGUUCCUAUGGAAAUUGAAUGUGUUUUGGGGGUAUUUUCUCUGUGGGUCCCUGUAACAGAGAUAAUUGAGUUACCGGUCUUUGACUCAAUUAUCUCAGACACAGGAACGAAUUGUUUCAGACACAGGAAUGCCUGGGAAGAGUUUGUAUGGCAUUGUAUGGAGACCCCAUGCUGGGGGUCUGUGUAUAAACUGAGUAUCUUACCCUGAAUAAACCAGUCUAUUCCCAGCAUUAAAGGACCAUUAUAGUGCCCUGAGGGUGCCCCCACCCUCAGGGUCCCCCUCCCGCCGGGCUCUGGGGAGAGGAAAGGGGUUAAUCUUACCUUUUUUCCCAGCGCCGGGCGGGGAGCUCUCCUCCUCCUCUCCGCCUCCAUUCCUCCUCUGCGGCUGAAUGCGCAUGCGCGGCAGGAGCUGCGCGCGCAUUCAGCCGGUCUCAUAGGAAAGCAUUCAGAAUGCUUUACUAUGGACGCUGGCGUCUUCUCACUGUGAUUUUCACAGUGAGAAGCACGCAAAAGCCUCUAGCGGCUGUCAAUGAGGCUUUGGAGGCUGGAUUAACUAGAGGCUUUGGAGGCUGGAUUAACCCAUUUAUAAACAUAGCAGUUUCUCUGAAACUGCUAUGUUUAUAAAAAAAAAAAAUGGGUUAAUCCUAGAGGGAUUAGCUGAAGUGGUCUGGGUGCCUAGAGUGGUCCUUUAAGUCUUGGCUAAUAUCUGUGGUAAAAUCUAAAUCACAUCUAGUGGCAGAGGUGGGAUGGUUCUUUUCUCCAAGAGUGGAUGCACAACCGGAGAUAACUGUGAGUCAACAAAUGGAGAGCAGCUACAACUAGCAAAAGAGGUCCACACUGAAAGACUUGCCAGAAAGUCAGGGACAAAGUAUCAAUAACUGACCCAAAAAAGUCCUGAUAGCAGAGUUUAUGGAGCUGCACAGAGCCAACCCUACCUCCGAGACAGCUUUCCCGAAUUUGGAAGAGACCGAACAUAUGCCAGACAUUCGGCUUCAUUUAGCCUUGUUCGGGCCGAACCCCCCCUGCCGAAGUGAUCCUAAAAGUAGUGGCUGAUGCAGAGGCUCAAGCCAAGUGGGAUUACCAGCUACGACUAGCUUAAAUCCAGCAUUCGGGAAAACCUGUAGCUGAGAGCAUGUCCCCACAGCCAGAACGGAAAGAGAUACCCUUCACAACAUUUAAAGCGUCCCAGGAGAAUGACUAUUAAAUCGAUGGGUACCUCAAUGAUUUUGAUUGGCAGUGUGCCCUACAUAAGAUGCCAGAAGAAGACUGGGUCCCGAUUCUUGCUGGGAAACUAUCAGGAAGACCUACUGAAGCUUUUUGGGCUAUACCGGAUGGAGAGAUUUAUAACUAUGACAGAGUAAAAGAAGCCCUGCUAACACGCUAUGCAGUCACGCCUGAAGCCUACUAUAGAAGGUUCAGGGAACUGAGAAAAAAAACGAACCUACCGUCUCCACUGGGCUGCCUCGCACUGGGUAUCCGGAUGUCAAGCUGUGUUGGUCUAGGAUAUAUUACAACUCAUACUGUUUAAACAAUUUUAUAACGUGAUUAACCCUGACCUCCAAGAAUGGAUCCGAGACAGACGACCCCUCACCCUGCCUGAAGCUGCUUGAUUGGUUGACGAGUAUACGGACACCAGGAAAACCGAACGACCCCUGCAAGAUUCAUGCCCUGAACAGAAGCCGUUUCCACUGGACCACCGACAUAACCAUGGAAUACCUACCAAUGACCAUCAGUACAAGACCGGGCCCCGAUGUGUCAAGUGCCAGCAAGUGUGGCACGUAAGGAGCAACUGUCCCCUAGAACCUUCGCGACCAUCCUGGAACUGUCCUAGCCCUUCGGCACCCAGGGCUGCAGCUCACUGCCUGGAGACCGAAAGAUCACACCUCUGGAAUACUUCUCCCAAUAUACCGGAGGGGUCCUGGGGGGUUUUACAUGAGGCGGAUCCAGGCCAAGCAGCUAACAUGGAGAACCAUCAGCAACUAGUUCUAAUGAACGAUCAGACGGCUCACGGGCUUCGAGAUGCAGGAGCUACCUUGAUGUUGAUGCAGCGACAACAUACUGGACAAUCCUUGGCUGUUUGGGUAGCCAGCAGAGCUAUCUACAGGCUCCCCACCAACCAAGUUCACCUCGACUGGGGAGCUGGAUCUGGCAUAGUAAAUGUGGGGAUGAUGAAGGACUUACCUGCUGAAGUCCUGCUUGGCAGUCAUUUAGGACCUCUUACCUCAGCUCAUGUUGCCAGGAACCCUGCAGAAGCUCAUCCAGUCACCACCCGACUUCAAGUCCAGACUGCAGAGACAGGCUCACGUCCUGAGGAGCUCCAGGUAAGAGAAGAUUCCCUGGCCACGACAGUAGAACUAGCCACGUUGUCUUGGGAUACCUUAGAGGAGUUCAAGAGGAAAGUGUGAGAGGACCCCACGCUGCAGAAGUAUAGAACCCGGUGUAAUGGAACCGCUGACACCCCGACCGGGUACCUUCCGCUGACGGAUGCUCCUAGCGCUUCCUGAGGACUUCAAGCACUGCAGCAGACACCACAACCACCGAAUCUGAGAAGCAUAGGAAUCCUCUCUAGCAUAUGAAUGCUGUAUACAGCCGAAUAGGAACCAUACGGAUAGGUUUACUCUCCUAGCAGUCAAACUGGAACCGCAUACAAUGAAUCCUUCCCCCAAUGAGACGACACUUCACUUUGAGGGUUAAAACAGGAACACAGGUGCUGGCACACCCAGCCUGGUUUUUAUUACAGCCUUUCACAUACAGGACCGCCCACAGGGAGGUAUAAAACAACCAAUCACAUCACAGUUAUAUCCCACAUAUUCCCUCCCCUUAUCCUGAGAGGAAACUCAAUUACACAUACAGUUAAAACAUACUUUCUACCCAACUUUCAUAACUAAAACUAUACAUCACAUUCACAUAAAAUUACAUAUUCACAAUCAAUCCAUUCAGGGGAACAACAUAUUAAAAAAAAAUGGCCUGAAUCAGACCAGGGGUUCAGAAGUUAGUAAAAGUAUAUUUUGGGGCCUGGCUGGCAGCAUGGCUAUCUGGCCCAAACUGGUUUCAGAGUCUUCUAUCCUGGAGAUAAUUGAGAAGUAAUGCAAUUAUCUCCAAGGACAGAGGCAAAACUCCAUUAGCCACAUGGCAGACAAAGGACAACAAAAGACAAAAAUACAUACUGUUACAUUUAUCACAUAGAACCUACACAUUUACAAUUUACCGAACACAUAAUAGCAUAUAUAAUAUUGCAGACCGCCUGAAUGCAAUCUGCUACACAGUCUUAAAGGGACAUUGUUCCUAAAAGUCAUAAUAUGUCCAGGGAUGGUUUUUAAAGGGCCAGCAGCAGCACCAUACAAAUCCAAUAUGCCCAAAUAUUGUACUUGAAGGGCCAAAUAACCCAGGGCCAUAGUCAUGAGGCAAGAGGCUGGCAAUCAGGCUCCUCCAACAGCCAGGGGAAAAUCCGGUGACAAAAGGCGUUUCGUCACACCCGGGCACACACAGAACAGAGGGGGCUAGAAAAGGAAAGAUUUACCUUGGAUCAGAACAGGCUAUAUCGAGUAACAGAGACCCAUAGUAGAGGGACAGCCCCAUCACAGAAGCACCAGCUUGUAGUCCCCAUAAUAUACAAGCUGGAGCUUCUGCAGAUCUGGCAUGAUGUACCCCUAGCUGGACAUUUAGGCAUACGCCGGACCUCUUAUAGCGUGACCCAGAACUUUUUCUGGCCGGGGAUCUCCCAAGACAGUACUGCCAGACAUGUGAUGUUUGCCAACAGGUAGGAAAAAACGGAGACCGCCCCAAAGCUCAGCUACUGUAACGGCACCCCGGCAUAAAAGGGUUUAAAAGCCAUUUAGGAGAUAUUCCCUUCCAGAUAUACAGGCAGCUACUGUAGACACCAAUCCACCGAACCGGAGAAGCAUAUGAAUGCCGUAAACAGCUGAACUGGAACCAUGCGAAUGCUGUAAACAGCCGAAUAGGAAAAACCAUAUGAAUAGGUUUACACUCCUAGCAGUCAAACUGGAACAGAAUACAAUAAAUCCCCCCAAGAACGAGACAAGGCUCCGUUUUGAGGGUCAAGCAGGAACAGACAGAGCUGUGGGUUUAUUGUCCUUAUAUACACAUUCUUACACAUUAGUACCACCCACAGGGUUUUUAAACAACCAAUAAACACGUAACAAAACACUCAGACACUCCCACACAAAAUCCUCCCCUCUGCCUGUAAUACAAUUACCUUACACAAUGGGUAAUGUAAUUAUCACAGGCAGAGAAAUACAGUUUUUCCACAUUAUUCAUAAUUUUAAAAGUACGCAUCACAUUCACAUAAACUUACAUUUUCAGAAUCAGCAUACUCCAAAUACAAACAUACGUCAAAAUCAUACAAAUUGGUCCAGUGGUUCAAAAGAUAGAUCAUAGUCCUUUGUGACCAAAUGAAGCAUGGCUUUUCUGCCCAAAACCAGUUCCACAGAGUCUUCUAUCCUGGAGAUAAUUGGGAAGUAAUCGAAUUAUCUCCAAGGACAGAGGCAAAACUCCAUUGAACACAUAGCAGCAAAAGACAAUAAAAUACAUAAAAAUAUAUAAUUCUGCAGCCAUUGCAUAAAACAGGUACAUUCAACAUAUCCCCAGAUAGCUCAGAUCUGAGCGCACAUUAUUACUGAAUGGUGCUCAGAUCACACAAAUACAGUUCAAUUGCCAUGGAGCCAAAGUCUUUCCCAUAGUCUUUCAUUAUACGAAUAGGCUCCAUGGCAUAGCUAUCUGGGGUAUCACCGCUCAAACAGGGCAAGCACCGAAUGACACGGCUUUCGUGUCUUUGCAGUGGAAAAUCAAGCGUUUUAACAUGGGGUCAUAGUCUAAAGGGAGCAGUCGCGCAACCAGGCUCCUCCAAAGCAAUGUGGCAAGAUUGCUCUCGUCACAGCUACAAUCUAUGCCGAUCAUUGAGGAGCCAUUCAGCCGGGUAGCGGUAGAUAUUAUUGGACCCCUAGCGAAGCCUCGUCCCUCCAGUAAGAAGUAUAUCCUUACUGUAGUGGACUAUGCCACCCGGUAUCCGGAAGCGGUCGCACUGACAAAUAUCCACGCUGAGACAGUAGCAGAUGCCCUGGUAGUAUGUGGGAUAAAACCCAUCCCCUUACCACCACCAGACAAACUGUCUCUGUGAGCGGUUCAAUGGGUCGCUCAAGCAAAUGUUGCGAACAUUUGCCACUGCUUGCCGAGACUGGAAACGAUUCCUACCGCACCUCUUAUUUGCUUAUCGGGAGGUACUGCAGAAAUCCACUGGGUUUUCUCCCUUUGAACUAUUAUAUGGGAGAAGAGCACGAGGUCCCCUCGACCUCAUCAGAGAAUAUUGGGAAGGGGAGACCAAGCGCGAGGGGACUCAAAUCAUGCCCUAUGUGCUGGAACUCUGGGACCGCAUUGAACUGUUGGCUAAGAUGGUAAAAGAGAACUUUCAAGCGGCCGAGGGGCAACAGAAAGUAUGGUAUGAUCGGAGUACCAGACAGCAUAGUUUCCAUGUUGGACAACAGAUCUUGGUUUUAAAACCGGUCUGACACGAUAAAUUACAGGCAGCAUGGCAGGGUCCCUACAAGGUGCUGGAGCAAAUCUGCAAUGUAGAAGCCAGCUGUGCAGACGAGAAGGUAAAACGCUAUUGUAGUUUGGAUGUCCGUACCCCCUUGUUCAUCUGAAUGACUGGUGUGUGUGAUCCCUGUGAUAGACCCUCUAAAAUGAAUGGACCUGUUAUUAUGCUAAGAGCCGUUCGUAUAACAAAUUUUCUGCCGAACGACCGACCACCCAGAAUAGGAGUGUGGCACCCAUUAACCUCCCUGACCCAAUUGACACCUCUAAAACCACAAACACCUCAACGUUCUAAUUGAUCAACAGGGUGGUCGGCGUUCGUCUGUACGAACACAUGGCGGCAGCCAUUUUGUUUAGCCAAACACACUCAGCAGUGUUUGGUCGUCGUACACGUGGAACUAUUUUUGGCUACACUUUCCACGAACACCGCUGAAACUUCUACCUUCCAUGUGUUCGGCUAAAACCAUACGAACGGAGCGCUAUUUCUGGAGCCUAAACUAUUUCUGGAGCCUAAUGACAGGGCACGAAUGGAUCCGUUUGUGCAAUUGGUACUUUAUUUGAAGGGAAAGAUAGACCGAUUGCACAGCCUGAAUCUGUGGAACUGCUUUGUGCAGGAAAAUGUGCGUACGGUCGUUCAAAUAAGACUUUCAGCUAACUCCCAAACCACUGGACCAAUUCGUCUGAAUUUUGGAUGUUUGUUCCCUGGUAAUGCUGGUUCAGAAAAUGUAACUUUAUUGGAAUUGCAUGUAUAGUUUUGAAGUUAUCCUUUUUACACAAUUUUUAUAUUUUUUUGCCUGGAGAUAAUUUAGUUGAUGCAGCAAUUAACUCAAUUAUCUCCCAAGCAGAGGGGAGGAAUUUACAGUAAUGAAUGGGAGUGUCUAACUGUGAGAUUGUACGCUAUUGGUUGUUAAGUUUGUAUUUUCAGUGACCAACAAGGUCCACGUGGGUGGUAACCUUGUGGGAAAACUUGUAUAAAAGAAAGGUUUGUGUGUUCAUUAAAACAGUUCUACUUCACCCUCAAUCUAGAGUCUUGUCUCUUAUUGGGGGAAACUGAUAUACAGCUAUAACACUAGCUCUUUUAAGAGCUUCUCAACUUGGAUGACUGCUGGAUGCUGAGAAUACCCCUCGCUCAUCGGGAGGAGGACACCCUCUAGCAGUGGGAACCCCUCUACUCACUGGGGUAACCGCUACAAUCCCUCCUUUUUAUACCUCUAUAAUCACUGAAGACAGCGUUGAUGAUAUCCUGAGAGGGGGAAAGAACAUCCUUAGCGGCGAGACUCGUGUCCUUAUCCGAGACGUGAGCUUUGUCUGGGUUUGCCCAAAACAUUCAUCAGUUACUGGGGUGUCAGGAAAAAGUCCAAACCAAAGAAACAUAGUUUGUCUAAUGAUGUCAGUUUGUUAUCUGUGGGGGUGAUACCACAAUAAUACCAUAUAUACAUCCAAUACAAAGCCCGGCAUGUUAGGUAAAUUCCUUUUUAUUUUUCCAUGUUUUGCACAGCCUUCAUCCUUGGCAUUCUGGUCACAUAUGGAUCCUGCACCAGAUGUAGGAAAAACGGACCGGAACCCGUAGCUGACGAUUACAAUUCUGAAUAUCAACAAGACGACUACAACAACAUCCUGCACUGGACAGACCUAAGAAGCCUGUUCAACGACAACUAUAAGGAAGACGAACAGAUGGAGGAUACGUUAAGGUGACAAAUAAAGACACAAUGACACAGACAGGGGUCGCUAUGAGUAUGUCUGUCCCCCCCCUGCAGGGUGACACAGACAGGGAGAGCAAUGGGUCUGUCCCUCCCCCUGCAGGAUGACACAGUGACACAGACAGGGGGCACUACGAUCUGUCCCUCCCCCGGCAGAGUGACACAGACAGGGGGCGCUAUGAGUCUGUCCCUCCCCCUGCAGGAUGACACAGUGACAGACAGGGGGGCGCUAUGAGUCUGUCCCUCCCCCUGCAGGGAUGCACAGUGACACAGACAGGGGCCACUACGAUCUGUCCCUCCCCUGCAGAGUGACACAGACAGGGGGCGCUAUGAGUCUGUCCCCCCUGCAGGGUGACACAGACAGGGAGAGCAAUGGGUCUCUCCCUCCCCUGCAGGCAGGGGGCGCUAUGAGUCUGUCCCUCCCCCUGCAGGAUGACACAGUUACACAGACAGGGGGCGCUAUGAAUCUGUCCCUCACCCUGCAGGGUGACACAGUGACACGGACAGGGGGCGCUAUGAGUCUGUCCCUCCACCUGCAGGGUGACCCAGUGACACAGACAGGGAGCGCUAUGAAUCUGUCCCUCCCCCUGCAAGGUGACAUAGACAGGGGCGCUAUGAGACUGUCCCUCCCUCUGCAAGGUGACACAGUGACUGUCCCUCCCCCUGCAAGGUGACAUAGACAGGGGCGCUAUGAGACUGUCCCUCCCUCUGCAAGGUGACACAGUGAAACAGACAGGGGGCGCUAUGACAGGGGGCGCUAUGAGUCUGUCCCUCCCCCUGCAGGGUGACAGCGACAAAGAGGGGGUGCUGUGAAUCUGUCCAUUGCAUGAUAUGGUAAUAUUGAUAAACUAAUAUCACUUAUUCCAUAGGAAAGUGAGUAAAGCGACUCAUCCUGCUGGGUCAAAUGAAAAUAAAGAACUUGCUGAUUACAUUCUACAAAGCUUUAAGAGUUAUGGACUGGAUCAUACGUGGCUAGACACACACUUUGUGGAACUGCACUAUCCAAACAGGUAGAACAUUGCUCCUCUUUUCCCUUCCCUGUGGAUCUGUUCCUAUUUCUUGCAUUUUUCAGCCAUAUUCCUUCAGUCCUGCAUUUCACUUUUACAAUUGACAUUGUUCACCUACUGUCAUCUCUGCGUUGCGUGCCCUCUUCCUUUCCAUACCAUGACCCCUUCCAUGCUCCCUUCCUACUCAAUGACACCUCCUCCCAUUUUAUGCCCCUUCUUAUUUCCCCCUUCCUACUCCAUGCCCCCAUUCUCCCAUUCCAAUAUCGCCAUCCAUCGUACAGCUCGUCCUCAUUUCAUUAUCACCAUCCAUGGUUCAGCUCCUCCUCCUUUCAUUAUCACCAUCCAUCUUUUAGCUCCUCCUCAUUUCAUUAUCACCAUCCAUGGUUCAGCUCCUAAUCAUUUCAUUAUCACCAUCCAUGGUUCUGCUCCUCCUCAUUUCAUUAUCACCAUCCAUGGUUCAGCUCCUCCUCAUUUCAUUAUCACCAUCCAUGGUUCUGCUCCUCCUCAUUUCAUUAUCACCAUCCAUGGUUCUGCUCCUCCUCAUUUCAUUAUCACCAUCUAUGGUUCAGCGCCUCCUCAUUUCAAUAUCACCAUCCAUCGUACAGAUCCUCAUUUCAUUAUCACCAUCCAUGGUUCAGCUCCUCCUCAUUUCAUUAUCACCAUCCAUCUUUUAGCUCCUCCUCAUUUCAUUAUCACCAUCCAUGGUUCAGCUUCUCCUCAUUUCAUUAUCACCAUCCAUGGUUCUGCUCCUCCUCAUUUCAUUAUCACCAUCCAUCUUUUAGCUCCUCCUCAUUUCAAUAUCACCAUCCAUGGUUCAGCUCCUCCUCAUUUCAAUAUCACCAUCCAUGGUUCUGCUCCUCCUCAUUUCAUUAUCACCAUCUAUGGUUCAGCGCCUCCUCAUUUCAAUAUCACCAUCCAUCGUACAGAUCCUCAUUUCAUUAUCACCAUCCAUGGUUCAGCUCCUCCUCAUUUCAUUAUCACCAUCCAUCUUUUAGCUCCUCCUCAUUUCAUUAUCACCAUCCAUGGUUCAGCUCCUCCUCAUUUCAUUAUCACCAUCCAUGGUUCUGCUCCUCCUCAUUUCAUUAUCACCAUCCAUCUUUUAGCUCCUCCUCAUUUCAAUAUCACCAUCCAUGGUUCAGCUCCUCCUCAUUUCAAUAUCACCAUCCAUGGUUCAGCUCCUCCUCAUUUCAUUAUCACCAUCCAUGGUUCUGCUCCUCCUCAUUUCAUUAUCACCAUCCAUGGUUCAGCGCCUCCUCAUUUCAAUAUCACCAUCCAUCGUACAGAUCCUCAUUUCAUUAUCACCAUCCAUGGUUCAGCUCCUCCUCAUUUCCUCAUCAGUUUCCAGUUUCUUCACAUUUUGUUUACCGUACUUACAGUUCAGGCACCCAUUAAAUUGCUCAGUGAGUAUCAGGAUCUGUAAGGAUGUAUUUUUGCUUUCCAUUUUCCUUCUGUUGCUCGUGCCCCACACCACCUUCAUUCCUCAUUUCAGGAAUUUUUUUUCUGUCUCUAUAUUUAAUUUUCAUUCCAAUCUUAUUUUAUCUUGUGAAAUCCUGCAUUUCAUCUCCUUCCUUUCAUUUCAUCCCUUCUUUCUCUCUUCUUCACUGCCUGCAUUUCAUUUACUUUUCUUCUCCACCUUCAUCUAUUCUUGUAUCUUUUAUGCCCUUUUCCUGCAUUCUCCUCUCUUUGUUCUCCUGUACAUUUCAUCUUCUCAUUCCUCGUUUCCUUAAUUUUGUACUCCACCUUUCUCUUCUGCAUUUCAACUCAUCUUUUUUAUAUACCUAUGAUCAUUCUCUUGUUUCUCUUUUACCCAAUUUCAAACCUUCCUCUGUGACUCAGAGAUGUGUCAGUGGAGGUACAGACCUAUUUCCAUCUCCAGUAAACCGUGAGUGAUAAGGUCCCGAGUGGAAGGGAAAUAAAAUACAAAUAGAGAAACUGAUGGAUUGCAACAAACAGGGAUAGAGGGAUAUCUGUGCAUGUGGAGUAUUUAUUGAAAGAGGAUUGUGUCACGAUUAGGGGAACCCAACACGCUGGUACACACACACACACAGAAAAGGUACCGUACCGGACCUUAGAGUGGCCGGGCUAAGCACACACAGAAUAGUCAGGAGACAAGCCGAGUAAGGGGAACCAGAAGACAGAAUAACGUGAAACGAGCCGAGGUCAAAGGGUAGGAGAAAGUCACAGAGUCAGAUAAACAAGCCAGAGAGUACGUAACCAGAAACACAAGGUAAGUAGCAAUACAAGUAAGCAAAGACCACAACAGGGCAGGGAGGAACAGGAAAGGUAAGUAUUUAAACCAUAAGGUUAAUUCUGAUUGGAUAAUUUCCAAUCAGAAUUAACAAUCACACGUGGGAGAUAUCUAAACCUCCCACUGUGAUUGAGGCACUGUGCCUUUAACGCCGGGUCAGAUGACUGACCCCGGCGUGUAAUAAUUUGGGCGGUCUCCCAGCGUGCAGCGUCAUGUAUGCUGCCGCUGGGGACGUGGAGGAAACGGCGGGCGGCAUCCAAGGCUGGAAGGAUGCCGCUCGCCGAGCCCACGAGGAGGAGGGGACCGCGGACGGCUGGAGGGUGAGUACCGCGAGCGGAGUGCAGCCUCCCUUCGCAGCCGCCCACGGGAUCCCGACAGAUUGUGGGCAAGGGAUUGGAUAUAUCCACGAUAUGGCUGACUAAAAUGGACCGUGUGUUGGAGGACACUGAAAAGAAUGAGAAUUGUCAGAUUUUGCAAUUUACAUUAUGUCAUGAUUUUAUUAAUGAAACAUAGUAUCAUAUCAAUGCUGCAUGUCCAUGACCAAUGGACCCCAUAAAUUUGCGACAUCCAGAAAUACUAAUUUAUAGAAAUGAUUUUAAAGGAAGAAAAUCAUUAAGGCUGGAGAAAGAGUUUGUAUAAUACAAAGCAUUUUAGACCCAAAGGAAUCCAGCCUAAUUAUGUUUAAAAUAUAACCUUUAUUAACUGUAGCGGACCUCGGGUAACUCCGCUAAUACCUUCCUUCAGCCGCUCAGGAACCACUUAGAAUAUCGAGAGACUUAUUUCCCCCUAGUAGCUGGACGAGACACAGCUCUAGGAGUACAACACAAUUUUAUUGAGCCACACAUGGCUUUUAUGCAUAGCCCAAUGCAAGGGGUCUUCAACACACACAAACAGGGGUCGUAUCCCAGGAUCCUCUACACCAGGGAGUUCAAGCUCAGGAAUGGGGGGGUCGCUAUCCCUUUGUCUCCCAAAUAUGGAAAGCCUGCCACUUAGGCGAGGGGUCUCCCACACAGGUCUUCAUCCCAGGAGCCUUUGUGCCUGGGAGCCAAGGUGCGGGAAAAGAGACUCUCAGGUACAGGAAAGCCCACCUAACUAGCCAGUGCUCCAAAAAUGUCCCCACCCUCCUCAGGAGACUUCAAAUUGCUUAUCUGAGUAAUCUUCAAUCGCGAUGUUCCUGUUCAGUUCAGGCACCCAUUAAAUUGCUCAGUGAGUAUCAGUAUCUGUAAGGAUGCUUUCCAUUUUCCUUCUGUUGCUCGUGCCCCACACCACCUUUAUUCCUCAUUUCAGGAAUUUGUUUGUGUUUCGGUCUCUAUAUAUUUUAUUUUCAUUCCAACCUGCAAGGGAAGAGUCUUCUUUUAGGGUACGAAUGCUCCCCCUGGUUGGCGUUCGUCUAUACGAAAUAACGGCCACCCACAGGAGCACUCGUUAAUUACUUCCCUUGCGGUUUCACACUUAUGUUGCCAGUGCGAACGUUGCAGUUUCACACUUAUGUUGCAAGUGUCUGCUCUCUUUUUCCUCAAAGCUUCUGGAAAGACUUGUCUUUACCCGUAUGUCUCACUUCCUCAAUUACAACUCUCUCCUUGACCCUCUUCAAUCUGGCUUCUGCCCUCUCCACUCUGAGACUGCUCUUAUCAAAGUUACUAACGACCUAAUCGCAGCUAAAUCCAAAGGCCAAUACUCCAUACUAAUUCUUCUUGAUCUCUCUGCUACUUUUGACACCGUUGACCAUGUUCUCCUUCUUCAAACUCUUCAAUCAGUCGGUCUCUGUGACUCUGUCCUCUCGUGGUUUUCCUCUUAUGUCUCCCAAAGCUCAUUCAGUGUCUUCUUUUCUAAUGAUACCUCCUCCCCUCGUCCUGUCUCGGUUGGAGUCCCACAAGGCUCUGUCCUUGGUCCCAUUCUAUUUUCUCUUUAUACAGCCUCUCUUAUCACCUCAUUUGGACUCCAUUACCACAUGUACACUGAUGACACAGAUAUAUAUCUCUCCUCCCCAGACCUCUCUCCUGCUGUCCUGCAACGUGUCACUGCUUGCUUUUUUUACAUCUCUGACUGGAUUAUUUUAUUAUGAUAUUUAUAUAGCACCAUCAAAUUCCGCAGCGCUUUACAAUGGGUGGACGAACAGACAUGUAGUUGUAACCAGACAAGUUGGACACACAGGAACAGAGGGGUUGAGGGCCCUGCUCAAUGAGCUUACAUGCUACAGGGAGUGGGGUAAAAUGACACAAAAAGGUAAGAAUAGUAUUAGACUAGUGACAGUUGCAGAAGAGGAAUCAGUCAGGAGCUAUUAACAGUUCAAUUGAUACACUUUUAUGAAGAAGUGGGUUUUUAACGAUUUUUUGAAGGAGUGGAGACUGGGUGAGCAUCUAACGGAGGAGGGAAGCAAGUUCCACAGGAACAGUGCAGCCCUUGAGAAAUCUUGAAGGCAAGCAUCAGAGGUGGGAGUACGGACAGAAGAUAGACGUAAGUCUUCAGCAGAUCGUAAGGACCUAGAUGGGACAUACUUCUGUAUAAGGGAGGAUAGGGAGCAGCAUUAUGUAGAGAUCUGAAAGCAAGAACCAGAAUUUUAAAUUGAGCUCUAUAUUUUAUAGGAAGCCAAUGUAGGGACUGACAGAAGGGUGAGGCAUGGGAGGUGCGGGCAGACAGGAAGAUGAGCCUCGCCGCCGCAUUCAUUAUGGACUGUAACAGCGCAAGUUGGAAGCACGUAAGACCACUGAGAAGCGGAUUACAGUAGUCAAGGCGAGAAAGGACAGUGGAAUGGACCAACACCUUAAUCGCAUCUGGCAUUAAGUAGCGGCGGAGGCGCGCAAUGUUUUUGAGAUGGAAAAUGAUUUGGCGAUAGAUUUAACAUGAGGCUUGAAGGAGUCAAAGAGAACAAUUAGGCAUGGAGCCUGCGUGGUGGAGCUGAUGGUAGCACCGUUGACUUGGAGGGAGACAGACACAGGAGUAACAACACUUGAGGAAGGAAAGACCAGAAUUUCAGUUUUGGUCAAGUUUAGUUUAAGGAAGUGGGCAGCCAUCCAGUUAGAAACAGCAGAGAGGCAGUCAGAGACACUAGUCUUCCCACUUUCUGAAACUCAAUCUCUCGAAAACUGAGCUCCUUGUCUUUCCUCCUCCUCCUAAUACUGAUCCUUCUCUUUUGCUCUCCCUUCAAGUUAGUGGUAUCCACAUAAGUCCAUCCUUGCAAGCACGCUGUCUUGGUGUCAUACUUGAUUCUGGCCUCACCUUUGAGCCUCACAUCCAGUAUGUUGCCAAAUCCUGUAUAUUCCAUCUUAAAAACAUAGCCCGCAUCCGCCCCUUUCUUACGCAAGAUGCUACUAAGGAGCUUGUCCAUGCUCUAGUAAUUUCCCGCAUGGAUUAUUGUAACCCUCUCCUAAUUGGUCUUCCCAAAAGCUGAAUUGCCCCUAAUUGUCUGUAAUGAAUGUUGCCAACAGACUGAUUUUCCUCUCUAGUCGGUCCUCUCACAGUCCUUACAUUGGCUUCCUGUAUCCUAUAGGAGUCAAUUCAAAGUGCUAACCCACACCUAUAAAGCACUGAACAAUUCUAGCCCCUCUUAUAUCGGUUCACAGAUCCAUAGGUAUGCCCCUUCUCGGUCUCUCAGCUCUGCCCGUGACCUUCUCCUGUCCGUUGCUCGCAUCCGUCCUGCCAACUCACGCUUGCAGGACUUCUCGCGAGUGGCUCCCUUCAUAUAGAAUAGCCUGCCUACCGCCAUCAGACUCUCCUCUAGUCUUCAAUCAAUUAAGAAUUGCCUUAAAACCCAUCUCUUUAGGAAAGCUUAUGGCCUCCCAGAGUAACCUCUACUUCACAUGCCUGUCUCUCCUAAAGGGCAGCACUCUACUCUCUCCUCCAGCUCUGCUUCACUCCCAGCUUAUUUGAUUGCAAUUUUCUGUCCUAAUAUGUUUUAUACCCCACCUCCAAUAGACUGUAAGCUUGUUUGAGCACCUAUCGUUCCUGUAAGUUUUCUUGUAAUUGCCCUAUUUAUAGUUAAAUCCCCCCUUUCAUAAUAUUGUAGAGCGCACCAUAUUUUCCCUCUUUGGUUUUAACCCCUUAAGGACACAUGACGUGUGACAUGUCAUGAUUCCCUUUUAUUCGAGAAGUUUGGUUCUUAAGGGGUUAAACAGGUAUGAUCACCAUCAAGUGAUUUUUAUCUUAGAGUCAAGCUUUAUCUGCUCGACAAACUAUUCCUGAGGCUAUAAAAUGACACAUGUUUAAAUUUCAACUUGUAUCUCAUAGAUGUCAUUUUAUUGAAUAGUUAAUCAAGGUUAUAUUUUAAACAUAAUUAGGCUGGAUUCCUUUGAGUCUAAAAAAUGCUGUGUACAUUCAGAAAUAGCCUUCAGUGUAUGCACCAGUCCCUGCAAUCUAUAAGGUGUCUGUAGUGGCAAUCUGCUUCUGUAUUGAACAGUCCCGAUAGAUUCCAUUUUUGAAAUAUUGUGGUGGAGACAAUUAUGCCAGAAAUCCUUGGCCAGAAUAGCAAGGACUUUAAAAAUGUGUGUCCCCUAGAUGAUUAAUGUAGUUUACUGCAGAGCUAUUUCCAUGCUCAGUAGUAUGGAGCUCUGGGAGUCUUUCGGGGGUGGUCCUGUCACUAGGUCACAUUAUGUUUUAACCUGUGUUGUUCAAUAUUACCAACAAUGUUUUCUUUGCUGCUGAGGGAAUUAAAGAAAGAGUGCAGCAAUAAUACAAGGCUUCAUGUCUUAAUAAAAUUUUAAGCAAACAGUCUUUGUCAAAAAUGUAAUUUCGCCUUACUGCAGAUGUACAGAGCAUCACGCCCGUUAGCCCUGCCGAUCAUUUCUCCUUCACCAUACUUGAUUCCUGCAAGUUCUUAAUACAUUUCACUAAUUCUGACUACCCUUGUCUGCUUCCAGUAAUGUCGCUAAUUCUGUGAAAAUCAUUGACCAAAAUAAAACCGUGGAGGAAUUUCGAACUGAUGAUCCUGAUGUCUAUUGUCCAUACAGCGCAACGGGGAAAGUAGUGGUCAGUAUCUGCCUCACUGUACAUCCCCUACAAUCACAAUGUGUGUAGACAGAUAGACACAUACACAGACAGACUAACAGAUGAAGAACUAAAGCAUACUGGUUUUCUAGAACGAGAUUCAAAAAGCAACAUCAAAAGAAGAUAUAAAGAUGUAUUAACUUUACUAAUGUUUUAUAAUAAAACCCAACGCAUACUGACUUUAUAUAACAGAAUCCAACACUAACUGACUUUAUUUAAUGAGAACCCUACAAAUACUGAGUUUAUACAACAGAACCCAAUGCAUACUGACUUUAUAUACCGUAACAGAACCCAAGGCAUAAAUAACAGUAUACAGAUUUAAUAUAAUAAGAAUCCAGUGCAUAUUGACUUUACAUAAUGAGAACGUGGCGGACCGUCUUGCACCCCGACUGGGUGGUUCCGCCAAUUGAUGCUUCCUAGUAAUCCUUGAUUACCAUAAGUACCAGACACCAUAACCACCGUAGUCCCCACUUCCAGCAUUACAGCUUGGUUGGGGUCUCCCUGUCCUCCACCCACCCUGGACCCUAGACCAGGAUCCAGUUUCCAGUGGGUAGACCUUUCCUUGUCCAGAGAGUAGAGCAGGGUGCUCGUACAAGAGGAAGUGAUUUUAAUGCAGGGGAGUAUAGUGAUAUAGCAAUCCCCAGAGUAGAUACACCAUCCCAUCAUAGCUCCGAUCUGGAGGACCAACAUAUCCAAAAAAUUUCCCAGAUCUGUUCAGGGGUUCGGGAUUUCAAUGGAGGUCACAAUUUGACAGACCGCACACGAGGCUCCUGCUGAAAAGAGUUCCAUGAAAUCAGGCUGUGCGGUCGGUCUCUUUCAGGAGUUCACAAUACAGUCAAAGUACCGAAUGUAGCAGUACGUGGGUACGCUCAGUCAAUGUCCUUGCGCUGUCGAGUGUCCGAUUAUAGUUCCAUGCACUCGAUGACCAAACACCGCUGUAUGCGUUUGCAGCUAAAGAUGGCCGCCGCCAUGUGUUCACACAUACAAACGACGACCACCCAGCUGAUCACCCAUUAAGUUGCGGUUUAGAGGUGUUACUAGGGGUAAUGAGAUGCACACUCCACUUACGGAACAGAAUAAGAAUAAGUACAAUCCAUCCAGUAAGCCCCAUAUCCCAAACCAUAUAAGUCUAAAGGCACGAACAAAGCCUUUCCACAGUCCUGAACCAAGGUCUAAUGUCCUGGGGCAAGAGGCUUUAUAUAACAGAAUCCAACGAAUACUGACUUUACAUAAUGAGAACCCAAUGCAUGCUGACUUUGUAUAACAUAAUUCAGCACGUGCCGACGUUGUAUAAUGAGAACCCCAUGCAUUCUGACUUUAUAUAACAGAACCCAACGCAUGCAAAGGUUAUGUAAUGAGAACCCAACGCAUAGUGACUUUAUUUAAUGAGAACCCAACACAUAUUGACUUUAUAUAAUAGAAACCAAUGCAUAGUGGCUUUAUAUAACAGAAUCCAACGCAUACUGACUUCAUAUAAACAGAGCCUAAUGCUCUGAGAACCCAACGCAUAGUGACUUUAUGUAACAGAACCCAAUGAUUAUUGACUUUCUAUAAUAGAACACAAUGAUUUUAGACUCUAUAUAGUUAAAACUGAAUAGUUGAGAAUCUAGCAUGUAUAGGGGACUUAUACGGAGUUAGGGGAGGGCUAGAAUACCAUAACCAGGACACAUGUCCUUGACAAUAUCAGUCUCUAUCUGUCUGCAGUCAGGCUUGGUGUAUGCAAAUUAUGGCCGCGACGAGGAUUUUGCGCAUCUGACGUCCCAGAGUGUAAAUACGACUGGCCAGCUGGUCAUCGUACGGACUGGAUUUAUCAGCUUUGCUGAAAAGGUGAGACUUUGUGACAUGUCAGCACUGGUUUUACUUAUUUUGGUACUGUACCCAAUCCUUUUUCAGGAUUCAACCUGGAGCCAUAAGAGUAUUGAAUUGAUUAUCGAUGGCGAUUUUAUACAGUAUGACUGUUUGUCUCCAGGUGUAUAAUGCACAGUCUGCAGGAGCCCUGGGAGUCUUAAUAUAUCCAGACACAGAAGAAGAUAUAGCUGUAUACGGACAUGUGAGUACCCCCUGCACUACCACAGUACUUCAUACAUUCACCGAGUAUCACCUACUAACCUUGCACUACCAGACCCCUGCAGAGCAUCAUCUACUAACCCCUACAUUACCAGACACCUGCAGAGUAUCACCUACUAACCUUGUACUACCAGACCCCUGCAGAGUAUCACCUACUAACCCUGCACUACCAGACACCUGCAGAGUAUCACCUACUAACCUCUACAUUACCAGACACCUGCAGAGCAUCACCUACUAAUCCCUACAUUACCAGACACCUGCAGAGUAUCACCUACUAACCCCUACAUUACCAGACACCUGCAGAGUAAAAAUGUAUACAUGACACCAGAUUCAUUCUAGUAAUGUAAUCUAAAUCUGCCUUUUUACAACAGGAUUACCCCAGUCGGCUACUUUUCUUACCCCCAAAUUGUGUCGCAAACUUAUUUAUUGAGUUGUCACUACACAGAUUACACUUUCACAAUAGACAAGGUUCUCCUGCUGCUUUGAUAAAGUGUUUCAAUCAGGACCUUAGGAGGUCACCCAUAGUUCACUGUCAUAAAGUCCAAUAUCACUCUACACUAUCACACCUAACAGGAACGCAAAACCCCUUUGUCUCGGGACGUCAAGAAGCGUGACUCUUUAUUUGCGACCCACGCAUGGUCUACCCUAUGUAGAUAUUCUACCAUUUUUAUCUAUUCAUGUUUUCACGCUCACUUACGUUCUUUCUCUACGUUUUCAGUCUAUAGGGAAUCGACUUCUCUCACGUGAGCUGCUAUACGGGUAUAGAAGUACCCCACUUGUUCUCCCUAGAGACAUUAACUCGACCACCUCAUCACUAACAAUCAGGAAUCUUGGCAGGGACACAACACUAUCACUUUUAUCAUGAAUACAUACUGGGGAACCAUAACACAGCAGCUGAUGCUCUCUCUUGUUCUAACCGCAACAGCACAUUCAGGGUUUGCAGCCAUUUUUGGCGACGAAUUGUUCAGAGAGAAUUGGCGUAUAGAAACAACUCUGCCAUCAUUUAACAGUACUUCUGCCCUGUUCUAAAUAUACCCAAUAGUGGCAGCAGUUCUAGUGUGGGGCCACCAGUGGAAAGGAAAGACCAUAAAAUGCUUUAACAAAGGCAGGUUCUCUUCCCUGACAAGAGUCUAGUUAGGAGGCUCACAUGGUUAGCAGCAGCACAACAUUUCCACCUGAUCCACAUACCGGGCAAGCACAACACAGCAGCCGAUGCCCUUUCUCGUUGCAAUCUACAGGUUUUCUUUCAAGAACAUCCGAAAGCCCAAACAGAUUACCCCUAUUCGAGGAAUAUUUUAUAAUGAUUCCUAUGCAAAAUCUCCACAUAUGAGACGAGGCUCUAUAUUGAGGGUGAAGAGGAACUGAUUUUAAUGGUGCCACACUUGGCCUUAUAUGACAAUCCCCAUGCAAUGGGUACGCCCACAAGGACCUGAUGGUAGACUGAUUUACAACGUCACAGACCAAUAACAAUAAGGUUACAAGGUACGACACUCCCACACACAGCACACAUCCCCUCCCCUCUGCCUGGGAGAUAAUUAAGAUACUGCAUUAACUAGACAUGUGCAAUUCAUUCCGGUCUAAAUAAAAAUUCGGCCGAAUUUCAGAUAAAAUUUGGACAUUCGGGUGCUUCUGAAUUGCCGAAGUGCCGAAAUUACCGAAUUUCCGAAGUGUAGUAGUGCCAAAGUUCCGAGGUGUCAAAGUGCCGAAGUACAGUAUUGCCUAAGUACUAGUACACUUACCCAGUGAAAGAAGGAGAAUGUUACACUGUAUACAAUUUUAAAUAAAAAGUAUACAAACAUAGCCAGGAUUCAGCUGCAACACUUACAACAAUCAAGUAACACACAUUCAUAUAAAAUGUAAGUUACUUAGCCAGUCAGUGUAAUGACAGGAAUGAAUAAGUAACUCCCUAAUUCCCACAGUAUUAGGGAGUUAUCUACUAAAAGGCUGAAAUACCUGAAUUGGUCUUUCAGACAAAUUUACUAAUACUAAGUAAAGAUUACUUAGUAUUAGUAAAUUAUGCCCCUACUCGCUAUAUCGCGAGUAGGGGCUUGUCUAUUAAACAGUGAGCAGCCUGUGGCUGUUCACUGUUAAAAAAAAAAAAAAAGUUCCACCCCCAUAGCAGUGGGUGGGGGCCCUAAACUAGAAUAAGGCGGGGGGGGCUAAUGUCCUCCCCCCUGGCCCCCACCCCUGAGCGAUGGGUAGGGGCCCUAAGUACAAAUUGGGGGGGACCUAAUGUCCUCCCUCUGGCCCCCUCCCCUAAACAAGAAUAAGGGGGCUGACCUAUUGUCCCCCCCCUGAGCGGUGGGUGGGGCCAGGGGGGAGGACAAUAGGUCCCCCCCCCAAUUUGUAUUUAGGGCCCCUACCCAUCGCUCAGGGGUGGGGGCCAGGGGGGAGGACAUUAGCCCCCCCCGCCUUAUUCUAGUUUAGGGCCCCUACCCACUGCUGUAAUUUUUACUUAUUAGUAAAUUUGGCUGAAAGACCAAUUCAGGUCUUUGAGCCUUUUGUUAGAUAACUCCCUAAUACCGUGGGAAUUAGGGAGUUAUCUACCAAGCCGCUGCAAGAGAAGUCCCGAAAUGCCGAAGUUCCGAAGUGCUGAAUUGCCGAAGUCCCGGAUUUCGGAAUGCCGAACCAAGCCGAAUAUUUUCCCCAUGCACAUGCCUAGUAUUAACACAAUUAUCUCCAGGCAGAAAAAAAAACACAUUUUUAUAAAAACCCCAAAGUACCCCCAAAACACAUAUCCCGAUAAAUGUUACAUCCCCUGAUAUCCAAAAAUCACCCAGAUCAGUUUAGGAAUUCUAUCAAAGUCACAUUUUGACCGACUGCACGCAUGGUCCCAUGCCCAAAACAGUUCCAGAGAAUCAGGCUGUGCGGACGGUCUAUUUCGGGAAUUCAAAAUAAAGUCCAAAAUACUGAACGUAGCCAUUCAUGAGUAAAGUGUAUGGCUCUCGUUCGUGAGUUUAUUCUUACCGAACGCCGUUCGAAUAGCUGAACAUCCGUGGAAGGUAAGUAGUUAGCGGUGUUUGUGCCGUCGAGUGUCCAAUUUGAGUUCCAUGCACUCAACGACCAAACACCGCUCAUUGUGUUCGCGGCUUAAGAUGGCCGCCGUCACGUGUUCGAAUGCUGCUUCGGGAGUUCGAAGUUUUACCAUAUAAGUCAUAAAAGGCACGAACAGUGGUUUUAACCAAGGUUUAUCACAGGGGCCAUAGUCACAGGCUAGGAGGAUGGCAAACAGGCCCCUCCAAAAGCCAGUGGCAAGGUUACUUUCACCACGCUCCAUUUUGUGUGGGAGUGUCCUGGACCUGAGAGCCAAUGUAAGUAAAGUGUGUACUUUUUCAUAGUCCCCUGUCAGGUCCAGUGGGGAAUGCCCCUGGAAUAUGUUAGAGUAAACCCCUUGCAGGGUUGCUAUACUCAUACUCCCUGGGAUUAUAAUCACUAGCUCUUAUAUGAGCUAUUCCUGCUAUACUCUCUGGAGUAGGAGUGGUUCACCCACUGGAAGCUAGAUCCUGGUGUUGGGUCCAGGGUGGGUGGAGGACGUUGCGGCCCCAAUCAAGCUGCGGCAGUUUGUGGGGUCUACGGUGCCGAUUGUGUCUAGUGGAGUGCUUGGAGUCUCCAGUGAGCACUAGGAGCAUCGAUUGGCGGAGGCACCCAGUCGGGUGCCAGCGGUCCGUCACACAUGGUAAUAAUCCCUACCCUGUGCCUGAGAGAUAAUUGAGUCAGGAACUGUACUAAACUCAAUUAUCACCUGGCACAGAAAAUAUACAUUUUAGCAAUCUCCCAAAAGUUCCCCAAAAACACAUGGAAACCCCACAAAAGUCACAUCCCUUGAUAGCCCCGAUCUGGGGGACCAACAUAUCCAAACAUCACCCAGAUCGGUUCAGGGGUUUGGAAUUUCCAUGGAGGUCAUAAUUUGACUGACAGCACACGAGGCUCCUGCCCAAAAGACUUCCAUGAAAUCAGGCUGUACAGGUCAAUGGAGAUGUUUGUGUGUAUGCUGGCCCGGUGUCCCUCGUUCGGGAGUGUGUUCCCACUGAAAUCCGCUCUUCUCACACGAACGCCACCGAACAUACUUGGAGAGGGAAGUCCCAGCGGUGUUCACGCCUUCGAGUGUCCGAUUUGGGUUUUAUACACUCGAUGGCCAAAUACCACUAUACGCGUUCGCGAGAACAAGAUGGCCGCCACCUCGUAUUCAUCCAUACGAACGGCGGCCACCCAGCUGACCAUUUAGAAUGUUGCAGUUAAAGGUUGUUGUGACGAGACCAAUCUCGCCACAUUGCAUUGGAGAAGCCUGGUUGCUCGCCUGUUGCCUUUGGAUUAUGGCACCAUGUUAAAAGGCUUGAUUUUCCCCUGCAAAGACACGAAAGCCGGGUAAUUUGGUGCUUGCCCUGUUUGAGCGGUGAUACCCCAGAUAGCUAUGCCAUGGAGCCCGUUCGUAUAAUGAAAGACUAUGGGAAAGACUGUGGCUCCAUGGCAAUUGAACUGUAUGUGUGUGCUCUGAGCACCAUUCAGUAAUAAUGUGCGCUCAGAUCUGAGCUAUCUGGGAAAAUGUUGAAUGUACCUGUUUUGUGCAAUGGCUGCACAGUUAUGUUUUUAUGUGUUUUUUAUUGUCUUUUGCUGCCAUGUGUUUAAUGGAGUUUUGCCCCUGUACUUGGAGAUAAUUGGAUUACUUCCCAAUUAUCUCCAGGAUAGAAAACUCUGUGGAACUGGUUUUGGGCAGAAAAGCCAUGCUUCCUUUGGUCACAAAGGACUACGAUCUAUUUUUUGAACCACUGGACCAAUUUGUAUGAUUUUGACGUAUGUUUGUAUUUGGAGUAUGCUGAAAAUGUAAGUUUUAUGUGAAUGUGAUGCAUACUUUUCAAGUUAUGAAUAAUGUGGAAAAAUUGUAUUUAUCUGCUUGUUAUAAUUACAUUACCCAUUGUGUAAGGUGAUUGAAUCACAGGCAGAGGAGAGGAUUUUGUGUGGGAGUGUCUGAGUGUAUUGUAUGUGUUUAUUGGUUGUGUUCCAAAACCCUGUGGGUGGUACUAAUGUGUGUGUAUAUAAGGACAAUAAACCCACAGCUCUGGCUGUUCACUGCUUGACCCUCAACACGGAGCUUUGUCUCGUUCUUGGGGGGAUUUAUUGUAUGCUGUUCCAGUUCGACUGCUAGGAGUGUAAACCUAUUCGUAUGGUUUUUCCUAUUUGGCUGUUUACAGCAUUCAUACGGUUUCCUGUUCGGCGGAUUGGUGUUCUGCAGUAGCUGUUCCUGUGUCUCUGGAAGGGAAGAUCUACUAAAUGGCGGUUUAACCCUUUUAUGCCUGGGGGUGCCGUUACACUUGUUAACGAGGUCAAUAGGGUUAACAACACACUCCACAUCCAGGUGGCCUCUAUGUUCGGUAGUCUGUUCAGCACAAGAACACAGCAAACAAAAUGCAUUCGGUAGAUCCCAUACACCUAACCAGACAAGUGAAAAGGCAAGAACUAAGCCUUUCCACAGUCCUGAACCAAGGUCUUACACCUGGACCAUAGUCCUGGGGCAAAAGGCUGGCUAGCAGGCCCCUCUAGAAGCCCGUGGCGAGGUUCUGUUCGCCACAGUGAGUGUCUCAAAUUAGAGAGUAUGUCUGUCAGUCAAAUCAGUGAGAUUGUGUGUCUGUCAGUGAGUGUGCUUCAAAUGAGUGAGAUUGUGUAUAAAUGAUAGGUGUCCCAGAAAACAUGGUGGAUCCUUAUAUAUAAAAGCAAUACACAUUAACCCUUUCAUUAACAGAGCUCUACUUUCACUCUAUUAUAGUUGGACCCUAACCCAUAUGACUUGUUAACCUCUGUCUUGCUGGAUUUCUUUUCUCGUCACAGGUUCAUCGUGGAACUGGAGACCCAAGCACCCCUGGAUUCCCAUCCUUCAAUCAUACCCAGUUCCCCAACUUCGAGUCCUCAGGGCUUCCAAAAAUUCUAGCUCAGCCCAUUAGUACGGCCACUGCACGGAAGCUACUUGGGUAUGUUAACCAUGGGAUAAUGACUAGCAGCCACGUGGCAUAGACUGGCCUGCAUACACUGGUGGCUAACAUCAGUGAGCACUAAUGAUGUGAUAGACAAUGAUUUACUAAGCUUCUGUGUGAUGGUGAGAUACUCUGCUGUAUCUGGCUGUGUGAUGGUGAGAUGCUCUGCUGUAUCUGGCUGUGUAAUGGUGAGAUACUCUGCUGUAUCUGGCUGUGUAAUGGUGAGAUGCUCUGCUGUAUCUGGCUGUGUAAUGGUGAGAUGCUCUGCUGUAUCUGGCUGUGUAAUGGUGAGAUGCUCUGCUGUAUCUGGCUGUGUAAUGGUGAGAUACUCUGCUGUAUCUGGCUGUGUAAUGGUGAGAUGCUCUGCUGUAUCUGGCUGUGUAAUGGUGAGAUGCUCUGCUGUAUCUGGCUGUGUAAUGGUGAGAUGCUCUGCUGUAUCUGGCUGCUCUGCUGUAUCUGGCUGUGUAAUGGUGAGAUGCUCUGCUGUAUCUGGCUGUGUAAUGGUGAGAUGCUCUGCUGUAUCUGGCUGUGUAAUGGUGAGAUGCUCUGCUGUAUCUGGCUGUGUAAUGGUGAGAUACUCUGCUGUAUCUGGCUGUGUAAUGGUGAGCUACUCUGCUGUAUCUGGCUGUGUAAUGGUGAGAGAAUAAAAGAAAUGUGUAAUAGUGUGUUCUCUCUCUAGUAUAUAAGCAAAAGGCAUAUUAAAAUAUACUGAAAUUCAAUUAUAUAAAGCCAUUAAAAAAAAACAAAAAACUUUGUUAGGAAGUAGUGACAACGAGGCCUGCCUUACAGUGUGUGUGUGUGUGUGUAGGGGGAGGAGGGGAGGGGGUACUCCUUGCACCAUAAUCACUGCAUUGUACUGUUAUGUUAUUUGGAGUGUUCCUUUAACAUGUAGUCUUUGCCACAGGGUUUCUAAGUGGUUUUCCUCCUUUUGGAAGGUCCUACUGGGGCGUACCAAUUAUGGUAACCCUGCUGUCUCCUUCUUGCAGUAAAAUCGCAGGUUUAAAGGCCCCCCAAGAUUGGAUCCAUCCAUCAUUCUCUGGAAAUGGUCUGGGGCCCAUCCUAGAAAACCCUCAGCACAGAGUGAGCCUUGAAGUGGGCAAUGUGCGGCAGAGUGUGGAGCUGCUUAACGUUUUUGGAAGUAUCACUGGGCGUAUUGAGCCGGGUAAGAGUGAACAAUAUCUCCCAAACUCAUAUUAUCCCCGAAAGUAAAGAACAGAUUGUGAUUAGCAUCCUCCUUCAUUCUUACAGAGCACUAUAUUGUGGUGGGAGCUCAGCGAGAUUCCUGGGGUCCAGGCGCUGCCAAGUCAGCAGUGGGUACUGCCAUCCUAAUUGAACUGGCACGGACAAUGGCAUAUAUGGUGCGGGGAGGUGAGUACUUUAGAUGCCAGUGAGAGCUGUGUGGGGGGUAAGUACAGGAAUAGCAGAGAGGGCUGCAGGGCAGGAUGGAGGUGCAGUGACAGAGCUGUGUGUGGGGUCAGUACAGGAAUAGCAGAGAGUGCUGCAGGGCAGGAUGGAGGGGCAGUGACAGAGCUGUGUGUGGGGUCAGUACAGGAAUAGCAGAGAGAGCUGCAGGGCAGGAUGGAGGUGCAGUGACAGAGCUGUGUGUGGGGUCAGUACAGGAAUAGCAGAGAGAGCUGCAGGGCAGGAUGGAGGUGUAGUGACAGAGCUGUGUGUGGGUCAGUACAGGAAUGGCAGAGGGCAGGAUGGAGGUGAAGUUACAGAGCUUUGAAGGCUGGACACAGCUGUGGUACGUGAGAGAGUGAUGUGUAAUUACUGUAUUUCAGGUUUCCAGCCUCAGAGAAGCGUCCUGUUUGUAAGCUGGGAUGCGGGAGAUUUUGGAAGUGUUGGCGCCACCGAAUGGUUAGAGGUAACACGGUCCCUUUGUCCCAUUAAUAUUACAGUAACACAGUGCACAGUAACAUAUUAAAUUGUAAUUGUAUCCCAUGACUGCCUUUGUUUCGUUCAGCUUUAAUUGUCACAAUAACAAUUUUAAAAAAACAGACCGUAAUGGAGCUCCCGUACAGCGACUGAGUACCCCCAGUCGCAGUAGCUUGACUAGGGUCUCCAAGGAGUUCUUCUAACUUACCAAGCUGCAGCUCCAAGGAGUUCUUCUAACUUACCAGGCUGCAGCUCCAAGGAGUUCUUCUAACUUCCAAUCAGAUUCUCUACCUUUUCUUUCCCAGGCAGGAAUCCACACCUUGGCCAUCACUUUACAAAGCACUUGUGGCUCUCAGGCAUAGAUUUCUUCUCCUGAGCUACAGGAACGAAGCAUCUAGGCAACAGGUGUGAAGACUGUUACUUGGAUUCCUGAACAGAUCAAAACAGGACACACAGUCCUAAAAGAACUGACACGCAAAGCUUUAGUUUUACACAGGACUAGCCCAUAGCUGCAUUACAUUAAACUUACUGUGACAGCCUCCAUAUAAUACAAAUAACCAAAUCAUAUGAGGUAACAUACAGGAUCUCAUAACAACACACUAACAUAUUUCUUAAGGGGUUGGGAAAACAAUAACUAAAAAGAAAUCUCUCCUACCUGCAGAAUCCAUAAUAUGCAAAUCUACCUGAAUAUGCAAAUUACUAAGUCUUGCUAUUCAGGUAGUGCACAUAACAGUUGCUACCAACAGGUGGCGUUGUUAAGGCUCCAAAGCCAAAUCCACCUAGUUGGUAGAAAGCAUCAAUAGGACAGGAGAGCACACAAAACAUUUAAUAAUAAACAACACAUUAUACACACCCUGAACCUAUAAUGGGAACAGGGUGACUAAAACAUAAGAAUAGUCCAUGGAUCUACAUACAGUGUCCAUCUCAUGCUCCUGGGUGAUGGGGACUACAAUCACACAGAUGUUGGUAAAUUUGUUCCCUACAUGGUGGAUCAAUGCUUAUUCGAGUUUAUUACUAACUCCGUAGUUAAAACUGUCAGUUCGAAAAGUCUGCUCUUCGGCUUAGCUCUGCUAGUUUUGUGGAAAUAGCAAGAUAAAACAUACCAGGAAAGGUUAAAGGAUCUUAACAUGUCUAGCUUGGAGGAAAGACGAGACAGGGGGGAUAUGAUAGAAACAUUUAAAUAUAUAAAGGGAAUCAACACAGUAAAGGAGGAGACUAUAUUUAAAAGAAGAAAAACUACCACAACAAGAGGACAUAGUCUUAAAUUAGAGGGACAAAAGGUUUAAAAAUAAUAUCAGGAAGUAUUACUUUACUGAGAGGGUAGUGGAUGCAUGAAAUAGCCUUCCAGCUGAAGUGGUAGAGGUUAACACAGUAAAGGAGUUUAAGCAUGCGUGGGAUAGGCAUAAGGCUAUCCUAACUAUAAGAUAAGGCCAGGGACUAAUGAAAGUUUUUAGAAAAUUGGGCAGACUAGAUGGGCCGAAUGGUUCUUAUCUGCCGUCACAUUCUAUGUUUUUAUGAGUCCUUAUUCAACUCACAUAAAUGAACAGAACUCUUGGAAAAAAAGAUUGAGACAAGAAAACAAUAUAUGAAGACAGAGGAAAAAGACUCCAAAUUAAUAUGCUGAGAAAAGGCAAGUCCGAGAGGGAGAUAAAUCUGUGCCGGACAGGAUGAGGAAAAUACAGAAAGGAAGUAAUGAGACCGUGGCGGACUGAGCACUCGGGCACUUCAGUCAUGGACUGAGGCUCUUGGGGGCCCGCCUGCCAGUAGUAUUGUAAUGGCUCAGCUGAGGAGCUCAACAAGCUGCCCAGCCAGCCUGAACUCAGUGAGGGUCCGCACGACCUUCUGUUAUUAAAGAAGUCCCCCCAUUGGUCGGCCAGUGCAGAGAGCUUGUAGCACACUGAGAGACAGCCCAGGGGCCUUAUCAAAGACCCUCCAGGCUGCCUUUCACUGUGCCUGUCUAGUGCAGCAUGUGGGCACCAGGAGCAGAGCCCCUGCCGUGAGACGAGCACAGCGCACAGCCUGACCCCACUGCAGUUCCAUGGCCGGCCAGAGAGGGAGCUCUUCGGGAAACUUGCAUGGCGAGGAUGAGGUGGUACUGCCUGCACCCAGGCUUAUAGGGGUGCAAACAAGCGUAUUCUGCCACCGGACCACCGGCAUAAGGUUUCCCCCCUCCAUGGACAAAGGUAAGGCUCAGGAAGGGGGAACACAUUAUUUAACUUUUUUUUUUUCACAGCUCUUAUCUUUCCACCCACUACAACCUUCAUCACCCCCUACUCCAUCACCCACUACACCCCUCCAUCACUCCUACACCAUUUAUCACCCCUACACUCCUGCAUCACCCCCUUCACCCCUUAUUCACCCCCUACAUCCCACAUCACCCCCUACACCCCUCCAUCACCCCUACACCAUUUAUCAAUCACCCAGUACACCCCUCCAUCACCCACUACACCCCUCCAUCACCCACUACACUAUUUAUCACACUCCUACAUCCACUCCCUUCACCCCUUAUUCACCCCUACACCCCGCAUCACCCACUACACUCCAUCACCCCCUACACUCCUCCAUCACCCCCACACCAUGUAUCAAUCACCCCCUACACCCCUCAAUCACCCCCUACACUCCUGCAUCACUUCCUACACUCCUGCAUCACCCCCUACACCAUAUAUCACCCCCUACACCCCUUCAUCACCCCCUACACAUUACAUUAAAACACCUACAGGGACUGGCUAUACACACCAGAACAACUACAUUAACCUGUAGUUGUUCUGGUGACUAUAGUGUCCCUUUAAGGUGGCUAGUAACCUUUAGCACAUGAUUUGUAAGUCAAGGCCCAAAAUUCAGAGACAUUGCCAUUUUUCACAAAUACUCCCUUAUACAUAUUGCCAUGCUACACACACACACACAUAAAUACUACACUAUGUAAAAGAAAAAACAAAAAAAGACAUGUAUUUAAACAUACUCUGAAUCCACGGAUCCUGAUACUACACACAAAAAUAUACAUAUAUUAACCAGGACUCACAGCAACUAUACACACAAAAGCAUACAUUCAAUUUACAUGUACAUAUAAUCAAAUACACAGCACAUCUACACCAUCAUGUAUACUAGCAUAUAUAUUGGUCUGCAAUGGGCCCAGGUCCUAAGUUUCCCGAGGGCCUGAGGCACUGUGAGUCCGUCCCUGGUGGCGGAAGAAGGUGUGGCGCAAACAGACUAGUGCUAAGCUAGAUCAGUAUUAGCAUGUAGGGUAAGGUGAAACUUGACCAGGAGACUCUGGGAGACGGAGGGAAAGAGGGGAAAUGCUCGUGAAAGUGGAGAUUUGUGGAAUCUGUUAGUAGAAGAUAAAUGAGUGUGUUAACCAGGAAAAGAAGAAACUGUGGGGAAACAUAAUGCAGUGUGUGAUGGAGAGAGUAGUUAGAACUGUCUAAGCAUCACACCCAACUCUGGGAGUGUGCCAGGACCCAGGUAAGCUAUUAAGCUGCUCACUCUGGGAGUGUGCCAGGACCCAAGGUAAGUUAUUAAGCUGCUCACUCUGGGAGUGUGCCAGGACCCAGGUAAGUUAUUAAGCUGCUCACUCUGGGAGUGUGCCAGGACCCAGGUAAGUUAUUAAGCUGCUCACUCUGGUUAUGUGCCAGGACACAGGUAAGUUAUUAAGCUGCUCACUCUGGGAAUGUGCCAGGACACAGGUAAGUUAUUAAGCUGCUCACUCUGGGAGUGUGCUAGGACCCAGGUAAGUUAUUAAGCUGCUCACUCUGGGAGUGUGCCAGGACCCAGGUAAGUUAUUAAGCUGCUCACUCUGGGAAUGUGCCAGGACACAGGUAAGUUAUUAAGCUGCUCACUCUGGGAGUGUGCCAGGACCCAGGUAAGUUAUUAAGCUGCUCACUCUGGGAAUGUGCCAGGACCCAGGUAAGUUAUUAAGCUGCUCACUCUGGGAGUGUGCCAGGACCCAGGUAAGUUAUUAAGCUGCUCACUCUGGGAGUGUGCCAGGACCCAGGUAAGUUAUUAAGCUGCUCACUCUGGGAGUGUGCCAGGACCCAGGUACUUUAUUAAGCUGCUCACUCUGGGAGUGUGCCAGGACCCAGGUACGUUAUUAAGCUGCUCACUCUGGGAGUGUGCCAGGACCCAGGUAAGUUAUUAAGCUGCUCACUCUGGGAAUGUGCCAGGACCCAGGUAAGUUAUUAAGCUGCUCAUUCUGGGAGUGUGCCAGGACCCAGGUAAGUUAUUAAGCUCUGGGAGUGUGCCAGGACCCAGGUAAGUUAGCUAAGGGAGUAUGUGGAGCAUAGCAAUCCCUUGUAGUGAUAUAGCAAUUCCCCCAAUAAGAGACAGGACUUUAGAUUGAGGGUGAAGAAGAACUGUCUGUACUAGCACAUACAGCCUCUUUUAAUCACAUUCUACAAACAUAGUACUGCCCACAGGGUUUUGAAGAACAACCAAUCAACACCUUACAACACAGCUAACACUCCCAUUCGUUACAUCAGCAAUCCUCCCCUCUGCCUGUGAUACUAUUAUCUCAACACAAUAGACUAACUUAAUUAUCACAGGCGGGAAAAUACAGUAUUAUAAAACAUAUCACAGGGACCCCAAAACAUGCAAUAAACCCAUAAAAAUAUCAUCGGAACCGGGGGGAUCUGGGUGAACCACAUAUCCAAAAUUCACCCAGAUCCGUUCAGUAGUUUGGAAGAUACAGUUUAAUGCAGAUUCCGCAGAACAUAUACAGGCUAUAUGAAAAAUAAUUACUGUAUAAUGUGUCCCCUGUUGUAUAGUUUAAAACUACUGAACGAUGUCUUUGUGCACCAAAUACCGGCGAGAUGGCACCGUGUAGAAAAGUCAAACAGUGUCUGUGAGUUAAAAUGGCCGCCAUCCAUUGUUCUCACCAUGUGCUUCAUCCAUUGUUCUCACCAUGUGCCUCUGAUACAUGAAAUGGUGGUCACCCAGUAACUCCACAGUAUGUCCCCAGAUGGUUCUUAAAGGGCCAGCAGCAGCAUAAUAAAAUCAAGUAUGCCCACAUCAGUUCCUAGAAGGGCAAUACAUCCCAGGGCCAUAGUCGCAGGGCAGGAGGCCCCUCCAAAAACCAGUGGCGAGGUUACUUUCGCCACACAAAGUAUUGUGGUAUUUAAUAUGCAGGGCACUGUAAAAUAUAGUAAGUAGGAUAUUUUGGGAUAUAAUAAUUAAUAUGCAGAGUAUUGUGGUAUUUAAUAUGCAGGGCACUGUAAAAUAUAGUAAGUAGGAUAUUUUGGGAUAUAAUAAUUAAUAUGCAGAGUAUUGUGGUAUUUAAUAUGCAGGGUACUGUAAGAUAUAAUAAGUAAGGUAUUGUGGGAUAUCAUUGUUAAUAUGCAGUUUAUUGUUGGAUAUAACAAGUAAGGUAUUGUGAAAUAUAAUAUGCAGGGUAUUGUGGGAUAUAAUAAGUAGGGUAUUGUGGGAUAUAAUAAGUAGGGUAUUGUGGGAUAUAAUAAGUAGGGUAUUGUGGGAUUUAAUAUGCAGGUUAUUGUGGGAUUUAAUAUGCAGGGUAUUGUGGGAUAUAAUAUGCAGGGUAUUGUGGGAUAUAAUAUGCAGAGUAUUGUGGGAUAUAAUAAGUAGGGUGUUGUGGGAUAUAAUAUGCAGGAUAUUGUGGGAUAUAAUAUGCAGGAUAUUGUGGGAUAUAAUAUGCAGGGUAUUGUGGGAUAUAAUAUGCAGGGUAUUGUGGGAUAUAAUAUGCAGGGUAUUGUGGGAUAUAAUAAGUAGGGUGUUGUGGGAUAUAAUAUGCAGAGUAUUGUGGGAUAUAAUAAGUAGGGUGUUGUGGGAUAUAAUAUGCAGGAUAUUGUGGGAUAUAAUAUGCAGGAUAUUGUGGGAUAUAAUAUGCAGGGUAUUGUGGGAUAUAAUAUGCAGGGUAUUGUGGGAUAUAAUAUGCAGGGUAUUGUGGGAUAUAAUAAGUAGGGUGUUGUGGGAUAUAAUAUGCAGGAUAUUGUGGGAUAUAAUGUGAUAAAAUAAGUAGGGUGUUGAUUUGAAGAGAAAUGUGAAUAUUUUAAAUAAAAUGCAUUUUCCUUGUUUUGUGCUUCUUACUAGGGCUUUUAGAUGGUUUUAUUUUCUUCUUUCACAAAAAUGUGGAAAUACUUUUUCAAACCGUUCUAUGUGUUUGUAUAUCUGACUGUCUGUCUGAUCUCUAUAUCUUUAAUUUAAUAUUUAUUCUGCACAUACCAUGUAUAUGAGCUCGUGACAGAGCCGUCAGUUCAGUUUCUUUAUUGUUUUGUUUCAGGGUUACCUUAGCAUGCUGCAUCUGAAGGCUGCGGCCUAUAUCUGCCUGGACACGCCUGUGUUGGGUAAUAAUGAAUAUUAUACUAGAGUAAAAUAUUUUACUACUCACUAACCUGUCUAAUACAAUUAACCAAUCCACUGCCCACUAACUAGGCUAGCACCUUAGCAACCAUUAGCCAGUCUAAUACAACUAACCAAUCCAACACACACUAACUAGACUAGAACCCACUAAUCAGUCCACGUCAACUAGUCAAUUUAAUGCACACUAACUAGGCUAGCACCCAUUAACCAGCUUACUACAACUUACCAAUCACUCGAACACUAACUAGGCUAGCACCCACUAACCAGACUACUACAAUUAACCAUUUUAACCAGUCCACUUCAACUAACCAAUCCAGUGCACACUAACUAGGCUAGCACAUUAACACAUAUUAACCAGCCUACUACAACUUACCAAUCACUAGAACAUUAACUAGGUUAGCACCCAUUAACCAGCUUACUACAACUUACCAAUCACUCGAACACUAACUAGGCUAGCACCCACUAACCAGACUACUACAAUUAACCAUUUUAACCAGUCCACUUCAACUAACCAAUCCAGUGCACACUAACUAGGCUAGCACAUUAAUACCUAUUAACCAGCCUACUACAACUUACCAAUCACUAGAACAUUAACUAGGUUAGCACCCAUUAACCAGAAUACUACAAUUAACCAAUUUAACCAGUCCACUUCAACUAACCAAUGUAAUGCACACUAACUAUGCUAGCACCUUAACCCCUAAUUAACCGGUCUUCUACAACUUACCAAUCACUAACACACCAACUAGACUAGCACCCACUAAUUAGUCCACUUCGUCUUGUCAAUCUUAUACCACCCUAGCUAAGCACACCAGUCCAACAAACUCAGCCCAGUCCAGAGACGUUAACUAUGGCUACAUAUUUCACAUUUAAUAAAAUGUUUCUAUUUCAGGAGAUGAAAAGUUUAGAGUUAAAUCCAGCCCCAUGUUCAAAAGUUUAAUGGAAUUUGUGAUAAAACAGGUGAGUGAAGAAAGAGGUAGCAACCUCUAUCUCUUAUCCACGAAUCGCUGUCAGGUUGGAUUAGAGAUUGCUUGACUGUUUUGUAAAAUAGCGGUAACAGGGUUUGAGUGUUUGGACUAGAAAUCAGAAAGAAUUGAAUGAAAUGAACUCAACAGUGUUAGCCUCCAGGUAAAUACACCCGGAAACCUCUCAGUGUUAGCCUCCAGGUAAAUAUACCCAGACACUCUCAGUGUUAGCCUCCAGGUAAAUAUACCCAGACACUCUCAGUGUUAGCCUCCAGGUAAAUACACCCGGAAACUCUCAGUGUUAGCCUCCAGGUAAAUACACCCGGAAACCUCUCAGUGUUAGCCUCCAGGUAAAUAUACCCAGACACUCUCAGUGUUAGCCUCCAGGUAAAUAUACCCAGACACUCUCAGUGUUAGCCUCCAGGUAAAUAUACCCAGACACUCUCAGUGUUAGCCUCCAGGUAAAUAUACCCAGACACUCUCAGUGUUAGCCUCCAGGUAAAUAUACCCAGACACUCUCAGUGUUAGCCUCCAGGUAAAUACACCCGGAAACCUCUCAGUGUUAGCUUCCAGGUAAAUAUACCCAGACACUCUCAGUGUUAGCCUCCAGGUAAAUACACCCAAACCUCUCAGUGUUAGCCUCCAGGUAAAUACAUGCUACCCAGACACUCUCAGGCAAGUACCCAGGUAAAUACACACCGAAAACUCUCAAAGAAGCUUCCAGGUAGAUAUAUACCCAGACACUCAGUGUUAGCCUCCAGGUAAACAGUACCCACUCUAGUGUGUUAGCCUCCAGGUAAAUUUAUACCCAGACACUCUGUUAGCCUCAGGUAAAUAUACCCAGACACUCUCAGUGUUAGCCUCCAGGUAAAUAUACCCAGACACUCUCAGUGUUAGCCUCCAGGUAAAUACACCCGGAAACCUCUCAGUGUUAGCUUCCAGGUAAAUAUACCCAGACACUCUCAGUGUUAGCCUCCAGGUAAAUAUACCCAGACACUCUCAGUGUUAGCCUCCAGGUAAAUAUACCCAGACACUCUCAGUGUUAGCCUCCAGGUAAAUACACCCGGAAACCUCUCAGUGUUAGCCUCCAGGUAAAUACACCCGGAAACCUCUCAGUGUUAGCCUCCAGGUAAAUAUACCCAGACACUCUCAGUGUUAGCUUCCAGGUAAAUAUACCCAGACACUCUCAGUGUUAGCCUCCAGGUAAAUAUAUCCAGACACUCUGUGUUAGCCUCCAGGUAAAUAUACCCAGACACUCUCAGUGUUAGCCUCCAGGUAAAUAUACCCAGACACUCUCAGUGUUAGCCUCCAGGUAAAUACACCCGGAAACCUCUCAGUGUUAGCCUCCAGGUAAAUAUACCCAGACACUCUCAGUGUUAGCCUCCAGGUAAAUACACCCGGAAACCUCUCAGUGUUAGCCUCCAGGUAAAUACACCCGGAAACCUCUCAGUGUUAGCCUCCAGGUAAAUAUACCCAGACACUCUCAGUGUUAGCUUCCAGGUAAAUACACCCGGAAACCUCUCAGUGUUAGCUUCCAGGUAAAUAUACCCAGACUCUCAGUGUUAGCUUCCAGGUAAAUAUACCCAGACACUCUCAGUGUUAGCCUCCAGGUAAAUAUACCCAGACACUCUCAGUGUUAGCUUCCAGGUAAAUACACCCGUCUCAGUGUUAGCCUCCAGGUAAAUAUACCCAGACACUCUCAGUGUUAGCCUCCAGGUAAAUAUACCCAGACACUCUCAGUGUUAGUGUAGCCGAGCUGCAAUAUUAAAUCCCAAUAUCUCCGCUGGUAGAAUAAAGUAAUCCAAGAGAAGCGCCGAAUGAAGGCAAUAUCCCAAAUCCCCCAGUAACUGGAUGAAACACAGUUCUGGGAGUCAAGUGAGGCUUUAUUAAAAAGUCACCAAAUUUAUACGGUUGUCCCUGCACAGGGUUUCCAGACUGGGACAGCAGGGGUUUUACUCAAGGGGACUGUGUGGGAAACUGACCAUGCAAGGUAGUUUCCCAGCAUCCCCUGCUGUACAGGGACAAUAAUGACAUCAUCAAGCACAGAUAAUUAUGUUAACCGUUGGUACAGUGAAAUCUAGUAUUUUACAUUAAAAUAUAUAUCUUCGGUCAUUUCCAACAUAUUUCCAUGAAUGACCCCUCAUUAGAUUGCAGGGAUCUGAAUGAACAAUCUCACGAAUUGCCGCUCAGAUCCCUGCAAAAAUAGGCGAACGACACACAGAAAACCAUUGUUCGUGAACCGGGUCUAGAAAGGUAAAAAACUCACGAACGGCUUUAAUUCACCGAAGGAGCGAGUUUCCCGAAUGCUAUGGAAGUCCAGUGGUGUUUGGAAAUCAAUUAGCCGAUUUGAGUUCCAGGCACUCGACGACCAAACACCGCUGAACUCUUAGCGAACAAAGAUGGCCGGGUAUGCACAUGCAUACUCCUGGAACCCAUCCAAUAGCCGAUCUACCAUCCUUUGAAAAAUAGCCGGAGCGUUUUUCAUCCCGAAUGGCAUGACUCGAAACUGGUACAGGCCAAACGGGGUGACAAACGCCGACUUGGGGAUGGCAUCCUCGGCUAAAGAAAUCUGCCAGUACCCCUUGCACAAGUCAAUCGUAGUGAGGUACUGGCCUUGUGCCAUCUUAUCUAGCAGCUCGUCUAUCCGGGGCAUCUGGUAGGCAUCAGACACUGUUUUGUCAUUUAGCCUCCAGUAGUCAACACAAAUGUGUCGUGCCAUCCUUCUUGGGUACUACGACUACCGGCGAUGCCCAGUGGCUAUCGGAAUGUUCAAUAACCCCUAGCUGCAACAUCUCUUCAAUCUCCUUCCGCAUAUGUUCCCUGACUGCUUCAGGGAUACGAUAUGGGGUCUGGCGCAUCAGUAGCUGUCCUGGGGUCUCUACCCGGUGAGUGGCCAGCGGAGUGUACCCUGGUAAAUUGGAGAAAGUGGCUCCCUUAGCCGCAAUUAACUCCUGUACCUGGGCACGCUCCUAAGGACUUAGCCGCUCCCCCAGCUGAACACCCGUGGAGUGCUCUGCCUGUUCUUCUCGCUCUAAUAGCGGAAGAUUCUCCUGAUCCUCAGUGGCUGAUGCGCAUAUAGCUGCCACGUGGAAAAGACUUUCAUUAGGGCUUCUGCUACCGUCUCUGCGUGAAUAUUAGAGAGGGCUACUGCCUCGGGGUACCUGGUGGCGUAAUCCACCACGGUCAAGAUGUACUUUUUGCCGGAUGGACUGGGUUUGGGUAGGGGUCCUACUAUGUCUACUGCCACCCUACUAAACGGCUCUACUAUAAUGGGUAGCAGGCAUAAUUUGGCCUUGUGCCGGUCACCUCUUUUGCCUACUCUCUGACAGAUAUCACACGUCUGAUAAUACUGCCUAACAUCUUUAGAUAUACCUGGCCAAAAGAAUGCAUGGGUCAGUCGGUAUCUAGUUCGGGUCAUACCUAGAUGCCCUGACAACAGAAUAUCAUGAGCAAUCCUAAGGAGUUCCUGUCGGUAUUUCUGAGGUACUACCAGCUGUUUAGUAGUAACAUUUACAUAUCCCCCCACCACCCUUUCAGCAAUACGGUAUAAUAACCCCUUUUCCCAGGCAUACCGCUCACCCUCUAAUCCUGCCUGAUCAGAGGUCACCCUAUCUUGAUAUACCUUCAAUGUAGGGUCUACCUUAACCUCUGUCCCAAAUUCAGUUGGGGUAUCCCAGGGAACAUGAGUUAUAGGGGGUGCAUUGUCUCUUACCUGAGCCUCAGAGUGAAUUAAUGAAGCCGUGGUGCGAGCCUGUUGCCUUGUGGUUACAGGAUGUGCCCCUUGGAGAUGUGCCCCUACGGUAUAAUAACCCCUUUUCCCAGGCAUACCGCUCACCCUCUAAUCCUGCCUGAUCAGAGGUCACCCUAUCUUGAUAUACCUUCAAUGUAGGGUCUACCUUAACCUCUGUCCCAAAUUCAGUUGGGGUAUCCCAGGGAACAUGAGUUAUAGGGGGUGCAUUGUCUCUUACCUGAGCCUCAGAGUGAAUUAAUGAAGCCGUGGUGCGAGCCUGUUGCCUUGUGGUUACAGGAUGUGCCCCUUGGAGAGGGGCUUGAGGUACAAUAGCAGAAGUCAUUCUGCCUAGGUCGUUCCCCAAUAAAACAUCUGCAGGCAGUUUUUGCAUCAGGCCCACCUCCACCAUACCGUUCCCCACACCCCAAUUCAAGUGUACUUUGGCCGUUGGCAAUCGGUACAUUGCUCCCCCUGCUACCCAGACUGCCACGGAUCCGCCUGUGUGCCGAGCCUGGAACCAGAUGAGGGGCUACUAGGGUCAGAGUGGCCCCCGAGUCUCGGAGUCCUUGCACUUCUUUCCUCUCCAAGGUUACCAUCUGGCGAUGAGGAUGCCGAUUGUCUGUAGCCUAUAUAGACAUCACGUCAUGUAGUACUCCCAGGGGCUCUUCCGUGUGCUUAAACAUUAGCUCCUGGGGUGCUGACUCUGCCUGGUAGUGAUAAGCGGCAGCUCGUGGCACUGGGUUUUGCCUUACUUGGCUCCAGGCUUGACAACUCCGGUUUUGGGUACACUCUCUCACCAUUGUUUGCAGGUAUGGCACUGAAUGUUGGACCGGCCAUUGUAUCGAGACGGUGGGGGUUGUCUCCCAGUCGCUGUCCGUAGGAAUGUUGUUGUGGGUACGGUGGUAGCAGCUGUAAGUGGCUGAGUGGUGGGUCGAGUAUACCCUCGGUUGGGGUUGCCAUGAUGCCUCCUAGGGUCAUAGUGCUGGUCUGCCAGCCAUGCAGCUUCUGUUAGGGUGAGGAGUUUUCUCUCACCCAUUCUUGUGCCUCUGGUGUCAGACAGUUGAAAAACUGCUCCAACAAUAGCAGCUGGCGUAACUCCUCCAUGGUGGUAGCUUGACUAGCUUGUAUCCACCCCCGGUAUGCCUCCGGGGUAAUGGCAUAUCUCUCCAAUAUGGCCUGUUUUACCUUGGCAUCAUUUUUGCUGUCCUCUCUGGGCAUGGCCCGGUAUGCUUCUGCUGCCCGACCAGAUAAUUUGUCUGCCAGUAAGGGUACCCGCACUGCCUGCCAAAGUAUGAUGCGGUAUCUUUGGUUUUACCUGGCUGGUGAUGGAAGCAGCAGUAGAUUCUGCUCUGGAGGGUAGAUUCUGCUCUGGAGUUUCUCUGAAACUGCUAUGUUUGCAGAAAAAAAGGGUUAAUCCUAUAUGGACUUGGCACCCAGACCACUUCAUUAAGCUGAAGUGGUCUGGGUGCCUAUAGCGGUCCUUUAAAGGUAGGCAGACAAUGUAAAAGAGAAGCAGAAAAUGCUAGCAGAAUGCUUGGUUGUAUAGGGAGAGGUAUUAGCAGUAGAAAGAGGGAAGUGCUCAUGCCAUUGUACAGAACACUGGUGAGACCUCACUUGGAGUAUUGUACACAGUACUCGAGACCGUAUCUCCAGAAGGAUAUUGAUACCUUAUAGAGGGUUCAGAGAAGGGCUACUAAACCGGUUCAUGGAUUGCAGGAUAAAACUUACAAGGAAAGGUUAAAGGAUCUUAACAUGUAUAGCUUGGAGGAAAGACGAGACAGGGGGGAUAUGAUAGAAACAUUUAAAUACAUAAAGGGAAUCAACACAGUAAAGGAGGAGACUAUAUUUAAAAGAAGAAAAACCACAACAAGAGGACAGUCUUAAAUUAGAGGGACAAAGGUUUAAAAAUAAUACCAGGAAGUAUUACUUUACUGAGAGGGUAGUGGAUGCAUGGAAUAGCCUUCCAGCUGAAUUGGUAGAGGUUAGCACAGUAAAGGAGUUUAAGCAUGCGUGGGAUAGGCAUAAGGCUAUCCAAGCUAUAAGGAUAAUAAAUACAAUGUUAAACAAAAAUCUGCAAACCAGUCAAGCCAUAAGACUUACAGACCCUAUCAGUGUUAGCUUCCAGGUAUAUAUACCCAGUCUAAUCCAACUAUGAAGCAGAUAGAAAUAUCCUAAUAUACAGAAUUAUGGGAUGGUAAACAUGCCUGGAAAUCACUGGAUUAACCCCAGACACUUAAGAGCGGCAUUUUGUUUUGUCUACCCCGUGACCCUUCCCCUUGAUGUCCUCUUCAUUAUUGUGGGAGGAAGUGAAGGCCCCUGGGAGCCAUCUUAUCAGGUGUGAAGGACACAUUAUUGCAAACUUUGAAUCUCAGUCCAGUAAAGGUUCAUUCUCCCACCGCUCACAGGUUGAUAACCCAAGACGAAGCCAACAAAGUAUCUUUGAUUACAUGAGUUCCCAAGACAAAGACUGGCAAAAACAAGGGUGAGUGAAAGCAGCUGGCAUCCUGCGAUUACAAGUACUCCCUAUAACCUCUCCUAGUACUCUCUAUAAUCCAUCCUAGUACUCACUAUAACCACUUCUAGUACUCACUGUAACUUCUCAUAGAACUUUGUAAAACCUCUCCAAGUACUCGGUAAAACCUCUCUUAAUACUCACUAUAACCUCUCCUAGUACUCUCUAAAAAAAACCUCCUGUACUUACUAUAAACUCUCCUAGUACGCUCUAAAAAAACCUCCUGUACUUACUAUAAACUCUCCCAAUACUCACUAUAACUUUUCCUAGUACUCACUAUAAUCUCUCCUAGUACUCACUAUAAUCUCUCCCAAUACUCGCUAUAACUUUUUCUAGUACUCACUUUAACCUCUCUUGGUACUCCCUAAAAACCUUAAUACUUCUCUAUCAGAAAAAUCAUGUGCACAAGGUCCAACAAUGCUUCUCUAUAAGAAGCAUUUGAUUGGACAGUUGAACAGAAAGGAAUGACAUGGUGCAAUCAGGAAGAAGGUGCUAAUGUGUUGCAGUUAUGAUAGCUGCUCUCUUGGUCACACCGUUACCAUUUGACCAAACAAUGCUCAGUUUCAUGAUAAAGAAGGCACAGGCUAAUUAAACGAACACUAUAGUCACCAAAACAACUUUUGCUUAAUGAAGCAGUUUUAGUGUAUAGAUCAUGCCCUUGCAGUCUCACUGCUCAAUUCUUUGCCAUUUAUAAGUUAAAUCACUUUAUUUAUACAGCUCUAGCCACACCUCCCUGCAUGUGACUUACACAGCCUUACGAAACACUUCCUGUAAGAGAUCUAGUGUUUAAACUUCUUUAUUGCACAGUGUCUUUAAUUAAGCAUUUCUAAUCUUCUGCUCUGUUAUUGGCCAGAGCAGGAGAUGAAAACUUCUAAAAUAAAAACUGAAUUACAUUUUUGUUUCAUGCAGACUGCGUGAGUCAUAGCCAAGGGAGGUGUGGCUAGGGCUGCAUAAACAGAAACAAAGUGAUUUAGCUCUUCAAUGGCAGAGAAUUGAACAGUGAGACUGUUUUAUACACCAAAACUGCUUCAUUAAGCUAAAGUUGUUAUGGUGCCUAUAGUAUCCCCUUCAUAUAAAUAAUACAGAUUACACUGCCGUCUAUUGUGUUUAUGUCUGGGUGCCAUUUAAUUUCUCUGUGGUCUUUGUCCACAGGAUGUUACCUCUCACAGUAGAUACAGGGGCGUUUGCCUUCACUGCGUUUGGGGGAGUCCCUGCUCUGGAGUUUUCAUUUGUAGAGGUGAGAGAUGAUGCAAAUUAAAAAAUAAGCAGAAUCAACCAGAGAGAUACCUAGGGUAACAGACAGUUCCCGGGAAGCAGAUACCCCAUGUCAUACCUAGGGUAACAGACAAUUCCCAGGGCACAAAUACCCCCAUGCCACACCCCAUGUCAUACCUAGGGUAACAGACAGUUCCAGGGGGGCAGAUUCUCCUAUACCAUACUAUACCCACAUGUCAUACUUGGGUAACAGGCAGUUCCCAGGGCACAGCUACCCCCAUGCCAUACCUGGGUAACAGACAGUUCCGGGAGGGCAGAUACCCUCAUACCAUACUAUACCCCCAUAUUAUACCUAGGGUAACACACAGUUCCUGGAAGGGCAGAUAUCCCCAUGCCACAC